AUGGAUACGUUUCUCAAUCAGUGGCUAUGGAGACAGGAGUAUUGGCUCCCUCCGGGGGUGACUUGGGAAGACAUGAAAGAGACAGAGGAGACUCAGUACCCGGAGCCUCGAGAUUUACUUCUCGCCAUUCCUUGUGCUUUUCUUUUCACCGCAGUCCGAUUCCUGUUUGAGAAGUAAGAUCUGACUACAUUUGAUGCAUUCGCUUCAUCAGUGUGUUUAAUGCAAAAAAUAAAUUAAACAUUUGGGAAUUUUCUUUUGAGAACUUUAGAUCAUGAUUUAUUUUUUUCAUCACUGAAGCAUAAACAGCUUGAAGAACAGCAUGGGACGUAUAGCUUGGAAAUAUUAAAAAGUUUAGUAAAUCCUAUAAAAACUAAUAUUACUAAAGUUAUUGGCUGGUUCCAGCAACAUUAUUUUAAUGACUGCAUUCAUAUAUACUGCUGUUUUACAAUCCCAAAUGUCAGAAAUUUUAGUUGCACCUCAUUUAACACCAUUCUAUUUUAAAGAUGUUAAUCCACACUAUCUCGGAUUUUGAGACCCUUUCAAUACAGCGGGUUAGGUUCUAGAUUACUGCUUGUAAAGUGAAUACCUAUGGAAAGUGAAUCACCAUUUUUUUUUAUUUGUUAGUGCACAUAAAAGCCUUAAAACAUGUUUACAAAAUCAUAUAUUAUAUGUAGAUGAAGUGGCCAAUAGCUCUAGACCAAAAAACUAUUUAAAAGUAAAAAAGAUAAAAUAAUAAAUAAAAGAAAUUAUACCACUGAACAUAUAGGCUCAUUUUAAAUGACAUCUUGGCACGAAAAGUAUUGCAGGGGUGGGCAGUAUAUUACAUUAGUGACACCGCAGGGGGUGUACAGACAUUCAUGUACGUUUCUCUGCUGGUAACUAUACUAUUUGCAUGCCUUUUUGCUUGUGAACCUUUGCUGCCUGGACCAACCUCUUGCUAGAUCUGACUACAAUGGAUUCUCCUUGCCUGUUGCUACACACCUAUUUUGUGUUAGUCAGCGUCGAUGCACGUUUUUUUUGUCUACACAGAUGAAGAUGCGGUUUGCCACCCCCACCCCCCCAAAAUUCGUCUUCAUCUCUGUCUCUUAAUCCGCUUUUUGACCCUAUUACCCAUCCUAUUGCCCCCUUUGUGUGUCUUAUCCUUUUUUAUGUUCCCCUCUUUUGUAGUCUCCUACCUUCUCUUAUGUCUCUUAUACCCCUUUAGUGUACCAUAACCAACCUUUUGCACUUUUGUGUGUCUCUCACAACACCCCAUGUCUCUUCCAUCCUCCUUCUUUGUGUCUCUUACAACCCCCCAGUAUCCCUUAUACCCGUCAGUGUCUCUUACUGUCUGCUAGUGUCUCUAAUAACUCCACUCCAGAAUCUCUUACAACCCUGUUCCCAGUGUCACUUAGUCACCCACAUCCAUUGUUUCUUACAUUCCAUCUCCAGUGUCUCUAGUGUUCAAUGUAAAAGGGAUCGCUGGACUGUUAUUACUUUGAUACACAAAUUGACACAAACACAGAAAAUAUGUUUGGUAUGCACAUCUUUCCAAUAAUAAAUACAGGUACCCAUAUAUUAUGCAAUAUUACAUAUUAUGUGUCAAUAAACACAGGCACAUAUAUGUAUCUUAUUUCAUUAUUUGUAUUUCAGCAUGUGUCUUCAAGAAAAUAAAGAAAUAGUGAAAUGGUAUGAAUUUGGAAAAGAUAUUAUUUUGACCUUAAAUUUAAAAUUCACAUUGAUUUCUCUCCUUGUACCCUGUUGGAGUAUAUCAGGAUACCUCAAAUCCUCAUACACUGUACACUUGUUUGAGCAGUACCCUUUUUACCUCUUCCCCUUUCCAUAAUUGUAAAGCACAUCAGCAUAUGUUGGUAAUAUAUAAAUGCUUUAAAGGACCACUAUAGUGCCCUGAGGGUGCCCCCACCCUCAGGGUCCCCCUCCCGCCGGGCUCUAGGUUGAGGAAGGGGUUAAACGUACCUCUUUCUCCAGCGCCGGGCCGGGAGCUCUCCUGCUCCUCUUCUCCUCCUCCUCCUCCUCCUCGGCUGAUUGCGCAUGCGCGGCAGGAGCCACGCGCGUAUUCAGCCAGUCCAUAAGAAAGUAUUCACAAUGCUUUCCUAUGGAUGCUGGCGUCUUCUCACUGUGAUUUUCACAGUGAGAAGCAUGCAAGCGCCUCUAGCGGCUGUCAGGAGACAGUCACUGGAGGCUGGAUUAACCCAUUUAUAAACAUAGCACUUUCUCUGAAAGUUGAAGUGGUCUGGGUGCCUAUAGUGGUCCUUUAAAUGCUAAUAAGUAAAGCAUAUCAUGAGGGUAAAUAAUGAGUUCAGGUGCUUUAUUGCAAAUAUAUAGGUAUUCACAUAAUUCAAUAAGUAAUUUAGAGCCAGAACAAAUGAUUUUACUUGCCAAAACAUAAACAAGCUUAGAACAGUUUAAACACACCCUACUGUUACAAUACACCCUAAUGAUUAUUUACAAAAGUGUGAAAAGUCAGGAAUACAAAACUAAUUUGAAAUUUGACUAUUUUCACCUACAAUUUGAAAUCAUUUUUACUUGAUUGAUUUUUUUUUAUUUUUUUGCUGUGAUGCUUAUUUGCACCAACAUCCUGGAUUCCUACAAAGAAUAGAAUACAUACUGUAUGUAUCAGAUGAUAUCAUGCUUUCAUUAUAAUUGUAUGCUGAGAUUUGGCCUUCAUGGUUCUGUACACCGAGUAGUAAGUUUCCACUGUCUUAGUCAAUAUUUAACCGAUAAGAUGUGAGCUUGAAUUAAUAAAAAAUGCCAGUCAUUAGCAGAGUCUUAAAAGCUCCACACCUCUUCAUUACUAAUGUGUCAAUAGUUCCCAGAGGCAGAGGCUCAAGGCAAUUUCUCUUGGUAGACAUACACCAUUUUUAUCCAAGUGUAUUCUUAAGCACAUGUAUGUUUUGUCCCUCAUUAAAAUGAAAGGUGACUAUAUGGUUUCGAAAGCAUCACCAGUAAAAAUAAGCCAGCCAACCUGGUGAAUUACAGAAGGACCAUGUCUGGCCGGCCCCCAAUCUACAAAACCUUGCAGAGAGCACUACUAAAGGGCUCUUUGAAGGGUCCUAAUGACAAGAUGGAGUCACCCAAUCAGACAGAGAAUAGGAAAACCUUUGGUAAGUAUGAUGUAAGAGAAACAGUGAGAUUCUGUAUACUAGACAUUAGAGUAGCCGGGUUUAACGUGUGCCCAAGAUAGGCAAAAAUACACUGUCCAAACGUAAGUCAGAUGUACUGAUAAACAAAAUAACAAGCUGGGAUCAGGAAUACCAGAAAAGCAGUAUAGUCUAAACUAAGAUGGGUCAGCAACAGGAACACUAAUACACUCUGAAACCACUUUCGGGUAAUAGAAACCACAACAAGGGUAAUUACCACAAGAUAUAUAUAUAUAUACAUAUCUACAUCAUGCUAUUGGACAGCAUCAUCACCCUGUGCCAAAUCACACAAAAGGAUGGGACCUGACAAUAGAGCCACAGUUAUGACUCUAUAAAUUUCAUCUAUAAUAAUACACAUUAUUGCAGGGUCCUGAAACUGUAAGGACUCCUGCACUGUGGGCAGGGUUGCCAUAGAAACCCGACAAGCUUGUGUGACGUGCAGACCCAAUAUUUCAAUCAUCAUUAUGUUUUGAAGAGUGAGACAUCCCACUCCCUAAAACAGACUUAAUAUGUAACACCAAUUUUCAAUGUAAAAGGGACAUUUAAAGUAGGGUAUUACUGUUGAUUUAUAAAGAGGCACAGUUAUAUUUUUAUCCAGUUUAUUAAUACUCCUUUUUAUUAUAUGCCAAUCCUUCCUAGCCUUAGCAACUGCUAUCUGACAUUUCAUAUUGUUGCUUAGUAUCAGCAGAAAUGUGAUUCAUUGCUACAUUCUAGCAUAACAGGAGGUAAAUUUUUGUUUAAUUUCAAGGCGAUUCUCUUUUCACAAUCAUUGACACGCUUCUUAAUAUAAUUUCACUUCUCUCUGCUUAUAAACAAUGUUCGAUUGUCUUGGCACAUUCUACUUGUAACUUAGCGUUUCUCUGUAUUCUUAUUGAAUGCUGGCUUGUCUGAAUUAUCAUCUUUUUUGGCUUCUCUGACUGUUUUCGAGUUACUGGUUCCCUUUGUCUUCUACCAGCUUCGAACCUGGCCUUUUUCCUGAGAUUCCUGUUUUUUGUUUUUUUGUUUGUUUGUUUACUAUUGAGACACUUGACUUAAAAUAAUUUAAUUCAUUUUUAAAAUCACUUUUCGUUAGGUAUACCUCCGAUGAAAACAUACAUGCAUUUAAGUAUACCGUUUUUCAUUGGACGUAUAUCUAAAAAUAGCUUGCAAAACCUGAACUUCUCUUGUCUGCUGCCUUUGUAAGCCCUCCUCUUCUAGCCCCACCCAUAUGUUCUGUGACUGUCCAAUCACAGACUUCCCAAUGCAGCUCAAUGAGAAGUCUUUGCAAGACAGGUUUAGGUCUAUUGAAAUCAUCCCUUUUUGUAAAAUGAAAAAAUGACACAUUCUUUACACACAAAUACAUCAGCAAGAUAGUGCUUUAGGUGUUCGACCUAGGGAUGCAAGUUUAAGCAAAUGGCCUCUCAUUGCGUCAUUGCGUGCAAAUCUUACAGAUCCCAGUGUGGAUGUUAUUAUGUUUGCAGAUGCAUGCAGUAUAUGUAUAUGACAGAUUGAUCCUGCUAGAGUUGUGAGAAGUGACCUCACAUAUCCCUGCAACCUCCAUCAGUAUGACCUGCUCAGCAUGAUGGAACCUUAAGACAGAGACACUUUAGAGACACAGACUCUGUUUCCCUUGACUCAUGUGUAUGUGUAAUCUCAUUUUGUGUUCACUUGUAAACACAUCCAGAACAUCAUACAUACUCAUCAUAGUGAGGAAGACUGGUCAGCCUCAGACACUGCCAUUUUCUAGGAAAUAUCCCAGUAGACCAGUGCAGACAUUUAGAGUGUGGGUCACCAGUCCAUGCACAAAUCCACUGUCACAUCAUGCCAUGUUCUGCAGAGAUGUCUGGCCUUGGCUUCUGGUAUCCAGUACUCUUUUUACAAUUCUUGUUUUGUUUUUCUUGUUUUUUAUGGUUUUCUAUCCCAUGUCUGGUUUUCUUUAUGCUGGGUUUUCUGGGUUCAUUCCUGUAUUCCGUCCCGGGAAUUCCCAGUCUCCAGGGUUCCUUUUAAAUGUUUGUUUUAUAUUGCCACACUCGUUCCUUUUCUAUGAUUCCUUUUGUUUCAGUUGGAGCCUGCAGGCAGUUGCUCAUACCUUCUGUCCUUUCUUGCAGGUAAAUGUUAUAUGUGUUUCUUAUGGUUCUUUUAGCAUACAUUAGGAAGAGUAGGACCUGCCAGAUAUGGGGUAUAUUGGCGUUGUUGGCAGGCUUAUGCAAUGUAUGAUCAUAUAUUGCAUAAGCCUGCCAACAACGCCAAGGUCUGUUUAACCCCGUAAUGACAGAGGUAAUUGUCAACGUUCUGACCCAAAACAAAUCCUAGAAUUUGUUUGUUCCAUCGUAAUUUAAAGGGACACUAUAGUCACCAGAACAACUACAGCUUAUUGAAUUUGUUCUGGUGAGUAGAAUCAUUCCAUUCUGCUUUUUGCAGUAAACACUGCAAAAAGCUUUUCAGAGAAUGUGCAGUGUUUACAUUACAGCCCAAGGAUAACUCAGGAUAAUCAGAUGGCUGCAAGAGGUGCUUCCUGGGGCAGUGCUGCACACUGUGCCCAUGAUACAUAUUUUAAGUGCCCAAAUACAUAUGAUAUAUUGAAUUUUAAAAGAUGACUUUCUUUUUAUAUCCCUAUAUAUAUGCCUAACACAAAAUGAAGUGUGAAUAGAAUGUCAGAAACUAAAAAAAAAGAAACAAUUUUUUUCACAUUUCUGCUCAUAAUAAUUUUUACACAUCUUACCAGCUUAUCUUUAGGGGUUAAACCGUUCACAAGCAGUUGUUUAACCCCAAAGUCUUCUCUCCAAAGCCAUUUAGCUCUGCCCUUGCCCUUCUGCUGGUCUAAGACUCUUCAAACAGGAAGCCUUGGACUGCUGCGGACAGGAGCACCGCUGAUUGGCUGAGAGCGUAAGCUGACGCUCUAAGCCAAUCAACUGUGCCCCUGUCCGGCGGCAGUGUGUAGGAGUUGGGGGAGAUGGAGGACCUCUAAGGUAAGAGAGGGGGAGACCACUGAGGGACAAGGAGUGGAGUGGAGCACUGAGGGACAGGGAAGAGAGAGGAGAAACCACUAAGGGGCAGGGGAAAGCUCGGAGGGGACAUCUCUAAGGGAGGGGAGGAGAGAGCACUAAGGGACAGAGGAGUAGGGGAGAACAUUAAGGAACAGGGGAGAUCACUUAGGGACAGGAGGGAUGGUGAGAGCACUAAGGGACAGGAGGAGGGAGCUCUGAGGGAUGGGUGGAGAGAGCACUAAUGGACUGGAGGGAAAAUCACUGAGGGACAGGGGGGCAAGGGAGAGCACUAAGGGACAGGAGGGGAGGGGAGAGCACUAAGGGACAGGAGGGAGGAGCUCUGAGGGACAGGUGGGGAGAGCACUAAUGGACUGGAGAGGAGGGGAUAUCACUAAGGGACAGGAGGGGAGGGAAGAGCACAAAGGGACAGGAGGGGAGGGGAGAGCACUGAGGGACAGGAGGGGAGAUGACUAAUACACAAACACACAGUGCAUCCCUAUACACACACACACACACAGAAACACACAGUGCAUCCCUUAUGCACACACACUGCUUCUCUUACACACAGAAACAAAAUGCAUCUCUUACACACACUCAAUGCACCCUUUACAGACACACACUGCAUUACAUUACAUACACAGAAACACACCUUGCAUUUCUUUACACAUACAAACACAGAAACACACAAUGCACCAAGGCUACUAGGUUUCUGGAAGUCUGUUGAAGACCUGUUGAGACAAACGUUUGAUAGACCCCUGAAAAUGGACCCGUGGAUUUAUUUGUUGAAUACAUCAAUUGAUGGAUGGACCAAAAGGGAGCAGAAGUUGGUACACAAAAUCACACUGUGUGCGCGCAGAGCAAUAGCGUCAGCAUGGCUUACAUUAGAGGGCCCGGAAUUCGCGGGGGUUAUACCUAGAAUUAAAGAAUGUAGAGUGAUGGAUGACCUAACGGAAAGGGUGAGAGGAAAUGUCUCGACGUUCCAUAAAAUUUGGGAACCUUGGGACAAUAGUGUAGUUGGCUCGAGAGGAGAAUGAGAGCCCCCCCCCCGCCCAAGUACGAUUCGUAACGGAAACCAUCACUGCUAGCGGGGUCUCCUGUGCUGGCGGGGUUGCUGCUUUUUGACCCUUCCCCGUUUGCCCCCCCCCCCUCCUUUUCUCCCUCUUCUAAACCUCCCUCUAAUUUACUGCACACUUUUUCCUAUCUAUCUCCUUUUUUUUUCUCCUCUUUUCUUUCCUUUUUCUUUGUUUUUAUUUUUUAAUUUUUUUCCAGGCUAGGUCAUACGGUGGGAGGAAAAUGUAACAAUGACACGACACUGAUUAGCACAUCUGAUUGAUAGCUGUCAUUUGUACCUACUUGUUUCAUGAUGUGCAUAUAUCCUCUCCAUAGUUGGCAAACGCCUAAUGUACAAUGAGAAAUGGGUUGGCACUGAUAGAGCGGAGUGGUACUUGAUUGCUCCUAUCUGGCAUAGCAGUUAUUUAGCUUAUACAUAGGCCCAGCUGGGAUCACAUGCCUGUUAUAGAUAAGGAGCUCAUAGACUACAAGAUAUCUACUUAACCGGCAGAUGCCAGCAGUAUGGCAAGGUUGGAGCUUAUUCAGUGUGCCCAAAGGAAUUGUACCUUAAUUGACUUAUUUAUCAGCCUUAAAAGGGAUUGGGCAAAAGACGUUUUUUCUGUGAAUAUAUUGUUUAUAAUUGCAUAAAAAUAAAAAUCCUCAGUAGACGGCAAGUGCCAAUGGCUCAAUUACGAAUGGGCAUAUACUGUAAUUGUCAAGCUGUAUUAUGUAUACUAUUAUUAUUACCCUGGCUUAUGCAUAAGCCCAAAGUCGUUAAUAACUUGCUAUGUCUGUUGAGUAAAAAUAAAGAAUUAAAAAAAAAAGAAACACACAAUGCAUUCCUUACACACAAACACACACUGCAUACGCUACAUCCCUUACACAGAUUAGUAUCCCUAAACACUACAUUCCAUAAGAAUGCACACACAUUACAUCCUCUGCAAUAACACAUCCCCUACACACAUACACUCCACUCCCUGUGAGUAAACUCAUCGGUGGUCCAUGUAGGUGGACUUAUGGGGGGUCCUUGUAGGCAUACUCACGGUCAGGCCCUGGGGGCCCAGACCUAAAGCUGUGUAAGGGGCCCCCAAAAAAGGAGCUGCUUUUUGUUCAUUGAUUUUUGUGAGCACUGUUACAAACAGUCUCCAGAGAGCCUCUUUUACACCAGAUCGGUGGAGCCAGACUGCAACCUUAUCCCAUUAUCAUUCUCUUGUCCUCAUCUUGUGGUAAGUAGGCAUUCCAGUAUAUUAUUAGUGGCAUUAAAGGACCACUAUAGUGCCAGGAAAACAUACUUGUUUUCCUGGCACUAUAGUGCCCUGAGGGUGCCCCCACCCUCAGGGACCCCCUCCCGCCCAGCUCUGGAAGGGGGAAAGGGUUAAAAACUUACCUUUUUCCAGCGCUGGGCGGAGAGCUCUCUGCCUCCUCUCCUCCUCCGAUUCCCUCCGUCGCCGCACUGCUUGAGCUGCAUUCAGGUCCUCAUAGGAAAGCAUUUACAAUGCUUUCCUAUGGACGCUAGCGUGCUCUCACUGUGAAAAUCACAGUGAGAAGCACGCAAGCGCCUCUAGUGGCUGUCAAUGAGACAGCCACUAGAGGGAAUGGGGGAAGGCUUAACCCAUUCAGAAACAUAGCAGUUUCUCUGAAACUGCUAUGUUUAUUAAAAAAUGGGUUAACCCUAGAAGGACCAGGCACCCAGACCACUUCAUUAAGCUGAAGUGGUCUGGGUGCCUAGAGUGGUUCUUUAAUCUCUAAUUUACCUCACAUUAAAGGUACACUAUAGUCACCAGAACCCUCUACAGCUUAAUGAAGUGGUUCUGGUGUCUAUAGCCUAUCCAUGCAGGCUUUUUAGAUAAAAGACAGUGUGUGUGCAGAACUGGCGUUGGCCCAUUUGGCAGAUCAUAUGGGUGGGCAUUGUGAUGUCACAUGGUGGGCAGAACAUAUGGGAGAGGUGGCAAAUUUUUGUUUUCCUAGGGCUGCAAAAAUCCUUCCACCGGCCCUGGCUGUUCUAUGAGAACUCUGGAAUGUGGUAAUUUGGGGGUAUUGUCCUUAUAUGGCUAGGGUUAUAUUUAAAAGGUCUGACGUCAUAAUGGUCAUAUCUAUAUAGAAUUGGGGACUUGCUGCUUGCUGCACAAGGUUGUUUUCUUGUCCGGCAGUUUAAUUAUGUUGACUAGCUCUCCCUUCAGGAGUCCAGCAGUAACCAUCUGCUGUUGAACAUCCAUUAUCCCGUAACAUCCUUUGUUGUUUUAUUAUGUAUCAGUAACUGUAAGACUAAAUCUGAAGAAACCGUAAGUCAGAUUGCAGAUCAGUAUUUUUGAUUAAUAAAGAUGUAUAUUAACAUGGCAAGCCUUUUACCCAAGAAGAAAUAUACAUAAAAUAAUUAUUUUAAUCAACCGGAAAAACACGCAGAUGAAAAUUUUUAUUACAUUAAGUGACCACCUAAUUUUAUUACAAAUACCACAUAGUAGAUGCCACACAAAGCUCUCAGUUGAAGCACCCGGAAAUGGUGCUUGUACACUGACCCUACCGCUUUCUGAAAAUUUACACAAAAAAUAUUUUGUAUUCCUUUACAAAUGAUUAGCAGCAACCAGUGAGCCACCCGGUAAUCAUUGCAUUGGCCACCAAUAGGCCAUUCUUGUUUCUAACUUCCACAGAAGCAUAAUGUUAAAGUCCCAACCUGGGACAGCAGGGCAAGGGCCUGAGAUUGUGACUGUCAUGCCAGUUUCAGGCCACUUUGAAGGUGUGGUUAGGGAUACCAACAGCUAGGCAAUAGAAUUUCGGCUGUGAAUUUCCUUGUGUGAUGGCUUGGGAAUACAUAUAUCUUCUUAGUAUUUUUUUUUUAUCCUGGUAUAAUGCAUUCCUAGCAUUUACAGGACACAUCUUACAGGGCUAAAGAGUCUUUCUGUAUGGACUUUGAUGCAUUUUUGGCAGUGUAAGGGGGCCCUGUGUGUAUUUUUACAUUCUGAUAUCUCUCGCAGUCAUUUGACCUGAAAGGGCUCACUUUUGGCACCAAAUGUAGAAAAUUGUAAAUUGUAAAGCAGUUGCUAAAAAUAGCACCAAAUGUGUUAAAUGACGAAGAGUCUUUGGUGUCUCACAUGCAGUGCUAAUUGACUGUGCCCUUCACAACAGCCAUGAGCAGCUGUGAUGUGAAUAAUUUAUCAUACAGUGCAACUAUUCAUCUCACGCACUCAUUUGUGACUCUGUGCACUGUACCAUGUAGCCUCCAAUUCAAUAUGAACACAUUCUUUUGUAUUUUAUUUAUUUUUAUUUUGGUCACACAACUUUUGAUGGUGAUAUCUAAAAAUCAAUUUUUUUUGCUUUGAAGAUCAUUAAACCAGUUUCAAAGAUCCAUACAGAGGAGUUUGUUCACUAACACAGAAUUGUAAUAAAUUUAUAGUAUAUUCACCAAUGAUGACUGCUCCGCUUACAGUGCGUUGGGUGCAGGGGAAGGUGAGUUUUACUUACCUAAAUCUGUCCCUCAUCGCAUCACGGCCACCGCCAUCAUCAUCUGGAAAGUCCUCUUCAGCUCUUGGUGCUUCAAUUGCCAGGAGCCCACAUCAAUGUUGUACUCUCGUGCAUGUAACCCUUCUGAACUUGCAACCCUUCUUCCCCUGCCCAGACUUUCUGUGGCUGUCCAAUCACAGAUUUCCCAAUGCGGUUCAGUGAGAAGUCUUUGCAAGACAGGUCCUCUGAGCAAUUGCUGCCCCAUGAGUUUAGCUCAAUUGAGCUAACCAAACCAGGAAGUAACAGGACCAGUUGUCUGAUUGCGCUGUAACAAGGUAAAUGUAUAAAAGUGUAAAUUUCUAUUGAAAAUGAAAAGAGAGGACACACUCUUCACACAUAAGGCACUCCAGCAAGCUAAAGUAUUUCAGGAGUGUACUUUUAAAUUCCUUGUGCUGCUUGCAGUCCACUAAUUUAUCCUAAUGUUUAUGUAGGGAAAUAAAAACCUGAAUAAAUGUUAUUUUAAUUAUUAUGUUAUUAUAUAAAGAGAACACCUAAGCAGCGAGCCUGCAUGGUGGAGCUGAUGGAAGCACCGUUGACUUGGAUGGAGACAGACACAGGAGUAACAACACUUGAGGGAGCAAAGACCAGAAUUUCAGUUUUGGUCAAGUUUAGUUUAAGGAAGUGUUCAGUCAUUCAGUUAGAAAUAGCAGAGAGGCAGUCAGAGACACUAGUCAAGAGGGAUGGGGAGAAAUCAGGAGAGGACAGAUAGAUUUGUGUGUCAUCCGCAUAGAAAUGCUAUUGGAAGCCAAAGGAGCUAAUGAGUUUACCAAGGGAGGCAGUAUAGAUGCAGAACUGUAGGGGACCAAGGACUUAACCUUGGGGGACACCAAAAGAGAGGAGUUGGGGAGAAGUAAAGCCAGAGAAAGAAACACUGAAAGAGCGCUGGGAGAGGUAGGAGGAGCACCAGGAGAGAGCAAUAUCUUGUAGACCGAUAUUGCGGCGGAUGAGAAGAAGCUGUUUAUGAUCAACAGUGUCAAAAGCCACAGAAAGGUCAAGGAGAAUUAGGAUAGAGUAAUGAUCAUGAGAUUUUGCGACAAGUAGAUAAUAGGAUACCUUGGUCAGUGCCGUUUAUAGAGUGUUUAGCGUGGAAACCAGAAUGAAGCGGGUCUAGUAAAGAGUUGGCCUCGAGGAAGUCUGUCAAUCUCGCAUACACAACUCUUUCAAGGAUCUUGGAUGCAAAAUGCAGUAGCGAUAUAGGACGGUAGUUGGAUGGGGAGUUAGGGUCAAGGUUGGGCUUAUUUAGAAUUGGGGUUAUAGUUGCAUGUUUGAAGGGCGAUGGAAAUAUGCCAGAGGAGAGAGAGAGAUUGUAUCGUUUUGUGUCAUCUGCAAACAAUGACUCUUGCCUUUUGAUGCUCAUUUCAUGAUAAAUAAUACAUAUUUAAUCUGUUUUUCAGGCUUGAUAUAGCAACCUCCUUCCCUGAGUAACAUUUGUUAUUACCGCAAGCAUUACUUAAAUAGAAAAUGGAUUCACAGCAGAAAAAAAUAAAUUCUGCUUUAUAGAACAUCAUGCUUUUGUGUCCUUCAUUUACCCUACAGUUAGUCAACUAAAAUGACAUUAAUUCUCUGUUGUCAAUUAUUAUUAUAAAUUGGUUGGGGCCAAGUUUGGGCACUGUAGUGCAUAAUAAUAUAGAGCAAACAAUUAUUGGUAUGUAUCCAAUAUCCAUAAUAUGUGAUGCAUUAUUUGCUAACACUAAUAGAGCAGUCAAUUAUAACUUUUCUGAAAUGCAAUAUAUAAAGUAGGCAGACAUGGCAAAAAUAUUGAGAUGUUGUUCAAGCGAACAUUACAGUGGAAAAUUCACUUACUUGAAAAUAUCAGAUUUUUUAUUUUGAUUUUUAGUUUUGUUCUGUUUUAAUCAUCUCAGACUUACUGAGAUUUUCACGCACUCCAAUAAAUAGUUACAUGAUAACCAAAGCUCGAUUCAGAGGACUAAAGGAGGAGGUAUAAAUAUUAUGUUAAAAUGUCUUCUAAACUGCCUGAAUUGAUACAUGUAUCCUGCUUUGUGUCCGUGUGUUUUCAGGCACAUGGGGCGUCACUUGGUAUAAGAUGUAUACAGGAAUAUAUGUUUGUGGUGUGUGUUCAGUGUGUAAAUGCUGUGUCAGUAGUGAUGGUGGAAAUGCUUUCCUUGGCUUAAGUGAGUCGUCAAAAUAGGAAUGAAGAGACAGGAGUGCCUGAUAAGUUAUCAGUUAAAUCUAUGCGUGAUUGCAAGAGAGAACCUUGUCAAACAAUAUAUAUAGAUGAUCAUAAUGAAUCAUGUAAACACUGGGCAGAGGAGAAUAGUGACCAUGUAAAAGAGUACAGUACUAAAAACCGUGGAAAGUACAGUAUACUGUGUAGUGGGGACUGGGGAACCUUUCUUAACACUGUGUCAAGAUAGUGACAGGAUAGCCUAAUAUCCAACAUGUAGAAUCUAAGUAUAUAAAGAUAUAACCAGAAAUCCUAAAAUGUAUUACCGGACCUUAGAAUGACUGGAUUUAAUGUUUAUGAAAGGUCAAGAAAACAAGGGUGAAGGUCAACGGUAAGGCAAGCCAGAGGUCACAGAAUACUGAAGUCAUAAUAGUCAAGGUACAAGCCAGUAGUCAAUAUAUAGGAGAAUGAAUAGAAUGAACGCACUCUCGGAUUACCAUGAUGGAAACCAUGACAGGGCGCACUGCAAAUGCCAGAGAAUGAGUUCAAACAUAGCGAUCAUGUGACGCAGGAACAUGAGUUAUAUAUGCGCCAUGACGCACACACAUCUGCAUCAGUUAGGGCCAGAAUAAUUAGUGCCAUUGAAGGGCUCCGAUGCGCAGCGGGCGGUGUUAGUUAGAACACUGGGUAUGAGCGCUGCAACAUAGGAAGGAGUGACAAGCAGCUCCACUCGAACUCCAGUAACACGCACCGUCCAGAAGCAUGACCUGCGGACAUCGUGAUACAAUGGGGAGAGAAGCAAAAUGAGAUUAAUAGAGGGGGACCUCUCUGAACAAUGUGGAGGCACGCACAGUGACCACGUAAAGAGAGAAACUCACUAAACACUAGGGAAGAAGGACAGUCCUCAUGCAAAGAGGAAGUUUCAGUAAACAAUAUGGGGAUAGGCAUAGUGAGAAUGUUAAGAGGAGAGACUCACAAAGCAAUAUGGAAAGUUUCAAAGUGACAAUGUUAAGAGGGAAAUACUUUAUGUACUGAGUAUAAAAAGUCCAGUAACAAACAAAAAAACACCUCACAUCAAUGUUUGUAAAAAGAUAAGAGAUGAUAAUAUCUCUGGUAAUUGAAUAUCACUUUUUCUAUAGAUGUCCGCCAUAGAACACCUAUUCAUUUACCACAGUUAAGUUUAUCUCUGGUAACAUAAUACAGACUUUAUUUCUUAAGAUAAACAAUUGAACUAGUCGCUCAAAUAACACUAACAUAAAAUUUUUUUUGCUUAAUGUCGUCAUUAAAUACUGUAACUAUAGGCCAGAAAUCUCUCACUGUUGAUUCUUCGCACCCGGAAGCUUGUAUCAACUUUUCAUUUAACAGUUUUAUUUUAAAAUAAGGGAUAGUAUAGGGGACUACACAGUGCACACAGCCUGCUCCCCACCAGUGUGCAGUACUGUCUGUAUUUCAGUAUAAUAAGGGCUACCACAGGGAAUCUUAGGGCCUCUUAAAAAGUCAUUCGUUUUGCCCCUACCAUCACCAAAACACGCUCCCAAAUUUGCAAAGCCACACAACUGUCACACAUACACAUAGAUGCACAAUGUCAGACACACACUGGUACACAGUGUCCAGGGGUGGACUGGCAGCAACUUGGGACGCUGGCCAAAGAUAUGCCUUGUGCCCCUUUCACGUCCAUUAAAUACAUGUGGGUUUAUUCACUAAACAGUUACAUUUACUGAAUUCAAACACAGACUGCAAAACGGAGUUUUGGAAUUUGGAAAAAUUCACAAUUUAGUUAUAUUCUGAGCUUGGCUAUUUUGACUUGAAUUCUUUAAUUCAGUAUGUAUUUCAAUAAAAUAACUAUUUCAUGAACAAACUCUAUGCCUGAUUAGAAUAACAAUAGAGUAACAAUGUCUUUGUGAGUAGUGCAAAAUUGUAAAUUUAUGUGUGUGUGUGUGUGUGUAUAGCUUCACAAUGUGUGUCUAAAUGAAAGAGGUUUUUUUGUGUCAAGGUUAGUGAAUGCAGUGUUGUGUGUGUGUGUGUGUAAUGGAAUGUCUGUGCGUGUAAAUGCAGGAAUAAAUGUUUGUGGUGUGUGUUCAGUGUGUAAAUGCUGUGUCAGUGUGUGCAUGUGAAAAUAGUGGUAUAUUAGUAUAAAGUGUAUUUUAGUGGAGAUGACUGUAUGACAUUUCUUUCACUUCAUAUCUUCCUGACUAUACUAAAAUAAGGUGAUUGGAUGUCAGGCGUUUAUAAAACAUCAGUGUUUGCAGGUACCUAGCCUUGUGUUAUAAUCAUCUUGUUUUCCCAAUGCAAAUUUUACACUUAUAUUGUUUAGUAUUGAGGGGUUCACAUUGUUAUAUUAUAAUUAAAGGGAUACUAUAGCCACCAGAACAACUACAGCUUAUUGUAUUUGUUCUGGAGAGUAUAAUCAUUCCCUGCAUGCUUUUUGCAGUAAACACUAUUUUUUCAGAGAAAGCCUAUGGAUACCUCAACUGGCCACUCCUCGGAUGGCUACGAGAGGUGCUUCCUGGGGCAGUGUGCAGCACUGACGUUCAGUGUCUGUACCCUCUGCAUGGAGACAUUGACACCAAUUGGCCAGGUCUGCGUUUUCUCCGCCCCCCACUUGCCUCCUUGGGAAAGCAAUGUGAUUGACUGAGUUCAUCACUUCUGAUGGUGUCAACCAAGGAUGCAGAUCGGGAAUCAGAACCAGCACCAGCAGACUGGAAUAAAAGUAAUAUUUUACCAUAUUUAGGGGAGUGAGGGGGGCUAGAUGGUGAGCUUAACACUAUAAGGUCAGGAAUAAAUCUUUGUGUUCCUGGCCGUAUAGUGUUCCUUUAAAAAAAUGUUUUAAUGACUUGUAGAAUACUUGUAGAAAAAAAAAAAUAUUUUUAUACUACAACAGACUCUCCUGAUAUGCUAUGGAGUAAAAUGGCAUCUAUUUUGAACAAAUAUGUAGUAAAAUAUGAUGUAAUAGCUAGAAUCAUCUUACAUGGGCAAUCAGCAAUAUAUUGACAUUUACAUUUUUUUUUUAAUGGUUCAGUCUAACUUAUGCAAAUUAAUUUAACAGUUAUUUUUUUUUAUCGCUUGUUCAUUAAUCCAUAAAACACUUGCUUUCAGGUAUGUUGCGUUACCACUGAGCAGACUGCUGGGGAUACAGGAGAAGAAGAAAAAUGUGAAAGCCACGCCAAACCCAGUCCUUGAAGCCUUCUACUUAAAGCAGAGAAACCAGCCGACAGAGGUAAGUUUGUUGUACGAACCCACUGUCAGAUUAAUUAGUCGAAGAACCAUUGCGUUAACACUACAUUAUACUAGCAUUAAAAAAAAUAUAUAUAUAUAUUUAUUUUUUAAUUAUUUUGUUAGCUGUGUUUUUAAGUUUCCAGCACUGGGCUCUCUCCUACCCCUUUUUAAAAAAUAUUUAAAAAUAUAGAACUUACCUUUAUUCCAGCACCGACACAGGCUCCUCACUGCAACCUGAUCCUCACCUAGUGAAGUCUUCAGUCCUGAUGACGCUUGUUCAAUCAGAUGCUUCUCUGCCAGGUUUAGCGGAAGGAGACCUGAAUGGGGUAAUUGACAGGCAAAAAUAACCAAGGCAAAGAACAGACGUAGAUAAGAUGGAGGCAUAGUCAGGAGCAAGGGGUCAGUUUGGGCAGCACAAGCGAAGUUCCGAGAAGGAUCGAGUACCAGGAGAACAAUAAGGCAUGGGAUAAACUCAGUGAUCGGCAACUUAGGGAGUACAGUACAACUGAGCGUGGAGCACUGGGACAAUGGCCAAUUUAUAGGGAAGAGAGGAAAACUCCACAAUGUACACCACAAUACAGUCUUCGCAUUACUGGCACUCCCCUUUAUCGUGUCUCACCCCCUUUCCCUUUAAGAAGUGCACAUGCCUAGGGAACCAUGAGGCAAUGGAGGCUCAGCAGUUACUUCCAGCAGUGAUGAUGACACACUACACAUGUGUAACAGUCAGCAUGAUCUGCCAAUCCUGUGAUGGUCGUAGAGAAGUACUGAAUCCGGGGCUUCUCAUAGAGAAGCAUUAGCUCUGUUAUUCAUCAUUACUCUGUGCAUGAUGAUGCAGAACAUAAAGUCCUUCGGGAAAUCAAAGAAUUAAGGAGGAAGCAGCUCUCUUGGUUGUCUGUCUCGUAGCCACUAGAGUGUGUUUUUGACUAGUUGUAAACCUUUCCAUUUCUUAUAAUUGGCAAUAUUUUACCAAUACGUAAAGAUGUCGUGACUUAUGUGCUUAGACUGUCUAUUUAAUCUAAAAAGAUUAACAAAACUAUAGCAAACAAGGCUUGGUGCAUUUGUUCCAUCAAAUAGAAGUCUGUAGGAAACCGACAAUGGAAAGGCUACUCUGCACAGGGGGUAUAAAGGUAUUUUUGUAUACAAGAUGCAUGGUUAAGGAUAUAAAUUUAUUUUUAGCUCAUAUAUGUUCAUUUUCCAGUAACGCCAAUUUCUUUGUUUCUUUACAUCUUGUUUGUAGUGAAAUCUUAUUAUACAUGUUGAGAAUGUUUUCUCACACUUUAUCUAAUUAUAUUGCCAUAUACAGUUGAAAUUCAGAAUUUGCAAUACAACAAAUAGAAAAGAAGAAAUUAAAAGAAACUAAAUAUACCGGUACAAAAUGAUUGUGCAUCUUAUUAUGUCUAAUGAACCAAUCUUUGUCGCAGAGCGAGGUUCGCUGCUUGUCUGCUCAGUGUAACAUGCAGAAUCGCCAAGUUGAACGCUGGUUCAGAUGUCGCAGAAACCAAGACAGACCAAGUACAAGUCAGAAAUUCCGUGAGGCCAGGUGAGGUGGGAAAACCUACCACAACGGGAGAAGUGUAAAACUAUACAUACCACGAGGGCCGCCGUGAGAAUUGUUGGGGCCCCUUACAAAACUACAUGCUGGGAUCCCUAACACACUCACAAUAACAGACAGAGAUACAAACUCCCAAUAGAUACCCCAACACACACUCCCAGAGAAACAUAUUCACAGACACGCGCACACAAUAUAUGCAUUCCAGACACUGUCACAGAUACACACAGAUACACGCAUGCACCUCAAUACACACUGCCAUGCACACACACACAGUUAAAAAAUCCAAUCUCCCAUCUAAAAUUAUUAGAGUUAAGAGGGUAUAGGUAUGGACAUAGCAUUUCACCUUAAUUUUAUAAUUGUGUAUUUGGGCAAGGAGCUAUGAGCAAUGCUUGACAAUAUUCCUCGGAAUGUAGGAGUUUGAACUGCAAGUUAGGAACCAGACAUUUUUAAUAAGCUACACACAAGCACACUUAAGAAACCACUUUGUCACACCAGUAGUUUGCCCAACAUGCUAUCUGAGGUAGUGUCACAGAUGGUCUGCAAUGGUGUUUGAAGGAUAUAUUAGGUGUUUUUGCUGUAUAUUUGAUGGUAUUUCGUUUUUUUUAAAUUUAUUUAUUUAUUUUUGUAGUGCACGUAUAUAGUACAGGCAUGCUUGAGGUGCCCCGAAAGCAGUCCUCAGGCUUUUCCCACGCUUAACAUGCGGGGUGUACGAUUAACUGGCACAAUUUUUAUAUUUUAUCAGUCUCAAUUAACAUCACAUUAAAUCAUUGGUUGGUUCGUGUGUUAGCUGUAGUAGUACCAAUAUAUAUAGUACAGGUAGUGCGGUACAGCGCUAGCGAUUUUCGUUUAGCUAAUGCCCGUACCUGUUUGAUGUGAAACGGUUCGCUUAUAUAGUAAGACCUGCUAGGGCAGGGUCGUUUAUAGUAUUAGUUGCGCUCAUGGUUACACAUAUGUAUAUUGCAAUUAGUGUGCCAUUUUUGCCUCAGAAGCAUAACGGUGAGAUUAACAAGUUGAGAGGCCAGUAUAGAUAGCUUCAUGCGAUGCAGUUCAAACUAGUGUUUUAGGGUACAUGCCUAUCUUGCGCCUUAAGCAACAAUUAAUUAGUAGACUGAACAUAAAACAUAACAUAAUUUGUAAGGUGUAUGCUGUGCCAAUGCGCUCAGGGGAUGGUAUUUAGUUUUAAUAUAAUUAACACUGUUUUUAAGGAAGUAGUUCCAUUUUAGCAGUUCUAACAUACUUUCCACAAUCUUUGCAGAGUGCCUAACCGUGGAAGCCAAAACUACAUUUUCUGUUAGUUCCUAAACAUGCAAAGUGAUAACAUUUUGCAGAUUAUGGUUUUAACUUCUUGUUGAUUUUUUUUAAUUUUAUUUCAAUUUUAGCUAGAUUUCCCCCAAUCUAUGUUAGAGCACUUUAUUGAAAUAUGACUUUAAAAAAAAAAUAAUAAUAAUAAUAAGGGUUUUCUGUUGGUUCUGAGUCUGGACGGUAUCUCUCGCUCUCUGAGGCUAUUUUUAUCAUUUGUGCUGAAUGAACCCAUGUUAUGAUCCUUGUUUUUCUCUCCCUUCCCGUAUUAAGGUCUAUAUAAAUCUUCCUUAAUUGCCCGAGUCAUAUUCAGUCCCAUUUCGCAUGAGUCCUAGUAAUAUCUGUAUGUUCGCUAAACCCUUAAUUCAGUUGCUUACUAUUGUAUGUAUCAAUAUUUGUGUUUAAUGUAUUCUUUCAUAUCAAAAAUCAAAUCUCAGUCCACUAUUUAUAUUUUAAGUGCGUUUUCUUACGGCAUACCAGUUUAGAUUUUUGGGUUUUUUAGAGGUUUUUUGAAGAGUAUGUGUAUGCGAUUUUCAUAACUUUUUGAAUCUAGCUUAUCUCAUGGAUACAUUCUAAUAGGAUAGUAUGUGACUGACCACAUUGCACUAAAUGUUCAGAAUAACUGCAGUAGGCUCAAGUAGCUGUAUUGACCCAGGGAUAAGUUAACUAAUAUGUAGUAGACUAAUGAAAGUUUAAGUGAAGAACAGUUGUAAACAAUAGAAUUAUAUAAAUUAAUCGGUAACACUCAAGUAUUUGACUGUGUGCACACAUAUAAUAAUUCAGUAAUCUGUGCAAAACAGAGCUCACACCCCCAAACAUACCAAUAUUGAAUCAGAUCGUCCAAACACGCAAGAGAGAAACACUACGAUAGUCUUUAUUAGUAAAACACAAUAAACAAUAAACAAAGCAAAACAAAAUGUGUUUUGUUCCCCCAAAGCAUGUAUAGUUCACAAGCCAUAAGAUUAAGCAAUACUUUGCAAACAUAUACAUUCUGUAUCAGUCAAAACCAUCAGACUUAGGAGCCUAACGGAACCUUAUGUUACCCCAACAUUCUGACCACAUUGACCUUUUCGAUGCUUUUUCUACAGAUGACUGACAAAGGCUGCAAAUCCACACUUACCAAAACCCUCUAACAGAAGCAAGAGAGCACUCAGCACAGAUUUACAGAACUUCAAGUGGCUUACAUGUACAUAACUGGGAUUUAUUUUGAAUAAUAUAUCUAAUAUGUCUCACUCACAUCAAGUUUAUUUCAUAUUUUUUUGGACACAUCAUUUAAAAAAAAAAGUUUUAAGCAUAAAUGUCCUUGUACAGUUGUAUGUUUGUUUGGUUUUUAAAUAUUUUUCAAACAUUGCAUAAUGUUUGUUUUUUUUCUCUUUAGUUGGAGAUACGUCUUCUAUUUAGUUGCGUUCCUUACUGGCCUUGCUGUCCUGAAAGAUGUGAGUAUACAGUGAUUCUGCGUUAGUGGACAGGCAUGCUCAGACGGGUAUAGAUCUGUAUGUAAUGGAAAAUGACAGAGCGUAUAAUAUCCUAAUAUCAUGUUAUAAGUAAAGUUUCUAUUAUAUCUGAAAUUACCUUCUUACCUAUUUUUCUGUUUUAGACCCUAGCGCAUUACACAGUACUUCAAAUAGUGUGAUUAAAGUUAUGUGUUCUCCAAUAGGGAGGGAUAGUUAUCGGAUUUGGAAAAAUGACUUUUGUUGGGCAAAGAAAGGUCACGUGGAAUAUUUGUCCAUCCAAAUGAACGUUAAAGGACCACUAUAGUGCCAGGAAAACAUACUCGUUUUCCUGGCACUAUAGUGCCCUGAGGGUGCCCCCACCCUCAGGGGCCCCCUCCCGCCCGGCUCUGGAAGGGGGAAAGGGUUAAAAUAUACAUACAAAAUAAUAGGUGGAGCUGUAAAUUCUUGAGAAGUCUGUAAAAUACAAAAUACAAUACAAAAUAGCGUAGUAUGUCUGUAAUUGACAAUGAAACAAGGAUAAGAAAUAGUAAAACUCACAAGGCUGGAGUCAUACCGUCAUAUGACUCUGGAGGUAUACGUCUCUGGACCAUUGGGGGUUGUCCAAACCCUUUUGUUGUCGACUUUUUGGUCUUCCCCCUUUUAUGUUCCUUCGUCGGUCCCCAAGAAGUACUUGGUAAACGGGUGGUUCUUCAAUAAUAGUAUAUAUUUAUUAGAAAAUAACUGGUGUAAAAAUUAUUUUAAAAUAUCCAUAUAUCAGAUAAUGCUGAAUAUAGGAAUACAGUACAAUGCAUAUGCAAAUGCAAAAUUGGAAAGUGUCCAAUAAAUGUUCAAAAAGUCCAAAACGCGUUUCACCUGUUUAACAGGCUUCCUCAGUUGGCUAUAAUCUUCUUUUUCCUCCUUCUUGUCCUUUUUAUAAACUUGGUUUGCCGGUUUUUUCGCCUCCUUCCGUCACUUCCGGGUUUUUCGCGUCUGGAACGCAACGUAAAGGGUUAAAAACUUACCUUUUUCCAGCGCUGGGCGGAAAGCUCUCCUCCUUCUCUCCUCCUCCGUUCCUCCUCCUGGGCUGAAUGCGCACGCGCGGCAAGAGCUGCGCGCGCAUUCAGCCCGUCGCAUAGGAAAGCAUUGUAAAUGCUUUAUGGACGCUAUGUUUCUCACUGUGAAAAUUACAGUGAGAAGUAUCGCAUGCUUUCUAGUGCCAAGCCGUUUACAGCCACUAGAGGGAAUAGGGGGAAGGCUUAACCCAUUGAUAAACAUAGCAGUUUCUCUGAAACUGCUAUGUUUAUUAAAAAAUGGGUUAACCCUAGCUGGACCAGGCACCCAGAUCACUUCAUUAAGCUGAAGUGGUCUGGGUGCCUAGAGUGGUCCUUUAAACAUUUGUUGAACAUACGGUUUGCACAAAUGUGCUUACAUUUACAUAAUUAAUUUGUUGCAAAUUAAUGCAAAGCUUUUCAGAGAAAUGGCAGUGUUAACACUGCUGCAUAGGAACACCUCUAGUGGCAGUCACUCAGACGGCCACUAGAGGUACUUCCUGUGUCAGUGUUAGACAGUGCUCUGCAUGGAGGCGCUGAACGUUGCCAUAGAGAUGCAUUGAUUCAAUGCUGAUUGGAGUGGCACGUUUUGCAGCUGGUGUCUGACUUAUCCCCUGGUAGUGUUGUAUGUAGUUGCUGCUGUUCUGAUCCUGAAAAGGUUGAAGAUCCCACUUCUUCACCCCAUCUACAAAGACCAGAUCAACAUUUCACCUAUUUGCAAUUCAGGCCACCUUAAAACUAUAUAUUAAAUCUCCAGCCGCCCCAAAUGUCUCAUUGACAGCCGCUAGAGGCGCUUGCGUGCUUCUCACUGUGAUUUUCACAGUGAGAGCACGCCAGCGUCCAUAGGAAAGCAUUAUGAAUGCUUUCCUAUGUGACCGGCUGAAUGCGCGCACAGCUCUUGCCACGCGUGCGCAUACAACCGACGGGGAGGAGAAGAGGAGGAUCGGAGGAGGAGAGCUCUCCGCCCAGCGGUGGAAAAAGGUAAGUUUACCUCUUUCCAGAGCCGGGCUGGUGGGGGUCCCUGAGGGUGGGGGCACCCUCAGGGGACUAUAGUGCCAGGAAAACGAGUAUGUUUUCCUGGCACUAUAGUGGUCCUUUAAAGGACCACUGCAGACACCCAGAUCACAUCAGCUCAAUGAAGUUGUCUGGGUGUCAGGUCCCUCUAGUUUUAACCCUGCAGCUGAAAACAUAGCAGUUUCAGAGAAACUGCUGUUUCACUGAGGGUUAAUCCAGCCUCUAUGGCUGUCUCACUGACAGCCGCUAGAGGAGCACACUUUAAGCAUUGAGUAAUGCUUUCCUAUGGGCGGUUUGAAUGCGCGGGUCGCAUUCGGAGCUGAGAGGCUGAGGGAUCCUCGCCAAGGGAAUCCGGCGCUGGAGAAAGGUAAGGUGCUGAAGACACACACACACACACACUUACAGACGCAUACACACUAGCUAACAGACACACACAUUUACUGACAGAGACACAGUCAGCGACAGACAUACAUACACACACUCACUUACAAAACAUACACUCUCAUUGACAAACACACACUUACUAACAGACAUCAAACAGACUCACUAACACACACACUCAGUAAGACACACACAUUAACACACUCACUGACACUCACUAGCAGACACACACUAACACUCACAUUCACUCUAACACUCACACUAACACUCACUAGCAGACACACACACUAACACUCACUCUAACACUCACACACACUAACACUCACUAGCAGACACACACACUAACACUCACUCUAACACUCACUCUAACACACACUCUAACACUCACUCUCACACACACUAACACUCACUCAAACACUCACACACAAACACUCACUCUAACACUCACACACAAGCACUCACUCUAACACUCACUCUAACACUCACUAACACACUCUAACACUCACACUAACACACACUAACACUCAUUCUAACACUCACUCACACUAACACUAGUUUUUUUUUUUUUUAAAUGUAAUCCCCCCAGCCUCCUUACCUUUUAGAGUGCUGGGGGGAUUCCCUGGGGUCCAGUGGUGCUGCUGGGCUCCUGGGCGGGUGGCCGGUUGGGCAGGCAGGCGGGCGCGCGCGCGAGGGAGCACUCAGUGCUUCCUCGCGCCCGCCUGCCGGGUGUCAGCAGGGCCAGCCUCGGGGGACCCUGGGGUGGUCGGCUCCUGGGCCCCCCAGGGGAAGAGGCUGGCCCAGUGGGUACACACCGGGUCGCAGGGGUGGCCAGGCCCCCUGGUGGGCCGGGCCCGGUCGCAGCCGCGACCCUGGUAUGUACGCCACUGCCCCUGACCCAUGUUUAUUUUUGUUGCUUUGUGCUAUAUACCUCCACUGACCCCUUGUCUUGUUUAUUGUUAUUUUACUCUAUAUAAAAAGCAUAUUAUUCUCUGGUUACUUACCUGCAGCUCAUUUUGUCACCUGUACCAGGUAUCAUAUUUCUUUCUUGUAACAGGUGUGUUUUUUUUCAUUAAUCCCAUAACAUAUAAUCUGACUGUCCUUUACCUAUUUUUUGCAUAUUGAAAUCUGACCUAGCCAUGAACGUGAGAUUUACUGAUAUACAUACAGUUGCAAGAAAAAGUAUGUGAACCCUUUGGAAUGAUAUGGAUGUCUGCACAAAUUGGUCAUAAAAUGUGAUCUGAUCAUCAUCUAAGUCACAACAAUAGACAAUCACACUCUGCUUAAAUUAAUAACACACAAAGAAUGAAAUGUUGCCAUGUUUUUAUUGAACACACAAUGUAAACAUUCACAGUGCAGGUGGAAAAAGUAUGUGAACCCUUGGAUUUAAUAACUGGUUGAACCUCCUUUGGCAGCAAUAACUUCAACAAAAUGUUUCCUGUAGUUGCAGAUCAGACGUGCACAACGGUCAGGAAUAAUUCUUGACCAUUCCUCUUUACAGAACUGUUUCAGUUCAGAAAUAUUCUUGGGAUAUCUGGUGUGAAUCGCUUUCUUGAGGUCAUGCCACAGCAUCUCAAUCGGGUUGAGGUCAGGACUCUGACUGGGCCACUUCAGAAGGCGUAUUUUCUUCUGUUUAAGCCAUUCUGUUGUUGAGUUACUUCUAUGUUUUGGGUCAUUAUCCUGUUGCAACACCCAUCUUCUGUUGAGCUUCAGCUGGUAGACAGAUGGCCUUAAGUUCUCCUGCAAAAUGUCUUGAUAAACUUGGGAAUUCAUUUUUCUUUCGAUGAUAGCAAUCCGUCCAGGCCCUGACGCAGCAAAGCAGCCCCAAACCAUGAUGCCCCCACCACCAUACUUCACAGUUGGGAUGAGGUUUUGAUGUUGGUGUGCUGUGCCUUUUUUUCGCCACACAUUGUGUUGUGUGUUUUUUCCAAACAACUCAACUUUGGUUUCAUCUGUCCACAGACUAUUUUGCCAGUACUGCUGUGGAACAUCCAGGUGCUCUUGUUCAAACUGUAAACGUGCAGCAAUGUUUUGUUUGGACAGCAGUGGCUUCCUCUGUGGUAUUCUCCCAUGAAAUCCAUUCUUGUUUAGUGUUUUACGUAUUGUAGAUUCGCUAACAGGGAUGUUAGCAUUUACCAGUGACUUUUGUAAGUCUUUAGCUGACACUCUGGGAUUCUUCUUCACCUCAUUGAGCAGUCUGCUCUGUGCUCUUGCAGUCAUCUUUACAGGACGGCCACUCCUAGAGAGAGUAGCAGCAGUGCUGAACUUUCUCCAUUUAUAGACAAUUUGUCUUACCGUGGACUGAUGAACAACAAGGCUUUUGGAGAUACUUUUAUAACCCUUUCCAGCUUUAUGCAAGUCAACAAUUCUUAAUCGUAGGUCUUUUGAGAGCUCUUUUGUGCGAGGCAUCAUUCACAUCAGGCAAUGCUUCUUGUGAAAAGCAAACCCAAAAUGGGUGUGUGUUUUUUAAAAGGCAGGGCAGCUGUAGCCAACACCUCCAAUCUCAUCUCAUUGAUUGGACUCCAGUUGGCUGACAUCUCACGCCAAUUAGCUCUUGGAGAUGUCAUUAGUCUAGGGGUUCACAUACUUUUUCCACCUGCACUGUGAAUGUUUACAUGGUUUGUUCAAUAAAAAUAUGGCAACAUUUCAUUAUUUGUGUGUUAUUAGUUUAAGCAGACUGUGAUUGUCUAUUGUUGUGACUUAGAUGAUGAUCAGAUCACAUUUUAUGACCAAUUUGUGCAGAAAUCCAUAUCAUUCCAAAGGGUUCACAUACUUUCUCUUGCAACUGUAAAUCCAAUUCCGACACAACUACAUAUUGUUGUGCAUUAAUGCAGACUGUAGCAAACCUAGCCACUUCUGUGUGUAAAAGACCGAGUUGGUUCGACUAUUUCUACUUCACAAACAGAAUAAAGACAUAUUGUUCAUGAGUCGAACCAACUACCGAACCGGGAGACCACCCAGUGGAGUCGUGUGUCUCCAAUUAAGGAUUGCAACACUUGAAAACUGCAAAGUUCCAAAUGGUCGGAAGGAUGGGCCAUCUUUGCACACGAACACCCUAGCGGUGUUUAUUCAUCGAGUGCGUGGAACUAAAAUCGGCCACUCAACCUCACAAACACCGCUGGACUUCCAUCCUGUUCGUACGUGCGUUUCCUUUUGUCCAAACAGAGCGGCGUUUGACUAAAUGGAACGAACAACCAUUAGACACACGACUACCCUGCUUAUGAACGUUUACAUUCGUUAGUUUGUUCGUGAGAACUCCCGAAAGAAAGACCGGUCAAAACAGUCAAUUGCAUGGAACUGUUUUGGGGCUUCAUCUUGUGGCUGACCGGUCCAAAACUUCACUCGAAUGGCUUUCCUGUUCUACCGAACAGAUCUGAGUGGCAUUUCUAUAGAUUGGGCGCUCAGAUCCCUGCUAUUCAGUGAAGUGUUUUCCGUGGAGUUCUGAUUAAUAAUAGGGGAGUUAUGAUGUUUUGAAAUAUUGUUUAAUGUUCUGUACUUGGGAGAUAAUCUAAUUAAAGAAUUGUUCUUACGCAAUUAUCUUUCAAGUACAGAAAAGGAUCAUGGUAAAUAUGGCUUUGUUCAGAGUCCUCCACAAGGUCCACCAGGGGGGAUACCCCUGGAAUGUCAUUAAGGAAACUCCUUGUACUGGGAAUCGCAUAAAAGCCAGCUGUGGCUCAAUAAAAAUCAGUUGACUCCCAAAGCCGUGUUUCGUCCAGUUGUUGGGGAAUGGGAUUGGAAUUACUACGCUACCCUUUAUUUGCAUGCUGAUCAUAUCUACCUGCGGAGAUAUUGCAGUUCACACUCUCACUCCGCUACACAGACAAAUUAACCAUUAAUGCUACAUUAUGCAGACUAUCGCAUAGCCUGCACAUAAAUAAUUAUUAAAAACCUAUAGUGCAUAGAUAAAACAGACUAUGAUAUAUCCCACAGGACAGAGAUACCGAUCACCAUAUAACUUGACUGACCGAUAAUCAAAUACUUCCGGAUAUUAUGACCCUGAUAACAAACUUACUAUGAAAUUAAAUGGUAGAUUAUAAUAUAGCAAUCAAUUAUUGAUCAUGUGCCUUACUUUUUUGGUCAUGUAUGUGCGUUACUUGAGGACUUGUGGCAGUAGCUUUGUCUCCAAAAUCAUUAUGUUGGUCUAAUUUAUGUUCCUAAUUCUUCUAGAACAUAAUGUAUUCAUUAAGCUGCUACUGGAACCCUUAAAAUAGUUUUUUCUUAAAAAUGAACGAUGCGUACUACGUCUACUUGAUCAAGGCACAGGAUGGUGCUGAAACGUUUUUGUUCCGGGAGGGAGACACAGACUCAAAGAAUCAGUGUCACGCCGCCCGAAUACUUAUGCAGGCGCCUGUCGGGUCCGCUCAUGCACGGGAGCAGACUGGGACCCAGCGGGCUCAUCUCAUUGUGGCGGCAUUCCCACGUGGUAAUGGGAAAGCCACCUAUCACUUACCUCCUACUGAGAUGCCUCUGAAUGGAACUCCUCCCCCUCACACAGCGGCCGGGUCUGUAAUCAUUAGAGACGCCUCCUGCUGCAAAUUAGAUCCUUUUAAGUGUUUUGUUAUUAACUCUUAUAGUGCCAUACCAUUUGGAACGUGUGUGAUGUCACACACACACUUUACUAUCAUAUGCUUCCCUGCAGCCAAUCAGGGAGCACCUUAGGCUAUUUAAAAAAAAUUUGUCCGUUUCUCUGUGCCCUGUCAUGGUUUCCAUUUAUGGUACUGAUUAUUGUGUAUUUUGACCUUGGCUUUCCUACUGACUAUCCGGUCUCUGUAUUCCUUGACCUUUGGCUUGGCUCCUGACUAUUCUGACUUCUAUAUUCUUCGACCUUUGGCUACUUAAUAGUUUCCGUGAUUUCUGUGUUCUUGUCCACAGCCUGUCUUGUGGUGUUUUUUUUUUUCUUUUAUAUGUUAAUCCGGCCAUUCUAAUGCCCAGGUAAACAUCUUAGGGUGUUCUUUAUUUUUUACUUAAGUUCUGCAUGUUGGGCAUUAGUUUAUCCUGACUAUCAGAUGAUGCUUAUUCACGACAGAAAUAAAAUAUGCACAGAAUUGACAUUCGCCAGCUCGGAACAGAGUUCUGGGCUGCCUUAGUCACAUGUGCCAGGAGUGCAACUAACCCCUGUAAUAAAAAUGCUGUUCUAGCCUAAUGAUGAUCAGUUUCAUCUCAAUCCUUCCUCCAUCCUUAUCUCAUUCCCCUCUAUCCUUAUCUGUCUUCCUACAGCUCUCCUGUAUAUUCUCAUUUAUUUUUUCCCCGUCUUUUCCAUCACACUAGCAAGCUGAUGCAGACUACCACUUAUCAAAUGAGACAUUCUUAAAUAAGCUUUUGUGCGAGACCUCCUACAAUGUCCGAAACUGUUCUAGCAACGUUCCAGAUUACCGACCAUAAAAUAUGAAAAAUGGAGAUAUAGACUAAAUAAACAGAAAACUCACUGAAAUAUUCCGUGUACCUUCAGCAGAUGUAAAUAAUAUGAAACGCCUGAUUGCGUGAUGUGCGCUGUGUUUUUUACGUUUUUUUAUGUGACUAUAGCAUUGACAAGACCUGCUUUCCAGUUGGCUUAGACCUGACAAGAGCUGCAGGCUCAUGCUUCUCUAAGAUUAGAAUGUGGAUAACGUUGUUUUAUUGUGUAAAUAUAUUCUGGGUGAAACCUGUAGCUGGGGUUUUCUGUUCUUUGUCAUGAAAAUUCUUUCCUGACUUACUUGCGCUUUCAAAUUCCUUAGUCUGCUGCACCUGUGAGGUUUUUUCAGUGGUAUAAUGAGCGUAUUGUGUCAUUGCCUCAUCGGUAUACAUUACAUAAAUGCAUCCUGUAUGUAAGGCCUAAGGGAAAUUUUUUCAUAAUUAAACCUCCCAGACAGAUUUUCUUAACAUUCGUAUUGUUCACUAACCAUACCAAAAAAGGUUCAGUGUUCAGUAUUCAGUUGAAUGGUGGAUGUUCGGUAUACACAGAUUUCUUUUCGAGUGUUAUGAAUUUGCAAGUCAUACUAAGCAGUGCCACAAUGCACAGUUAAAAACCUUUUUUUUUUUUUUUAAUAAAAUAUUAAAGCGGAAAAGUUUUGUAUACUGAAAGUAUCAGUUUUCAUCAAGAUGAGAAGAUAAUCUGCAUGCCUGUUAUGGUGUAGGGCACUAUUUAUACAUUAAAUAUUUAUACAUUGUGCUGGUAGACAUGUUGGCACAUAUAUAGAUGAUUGGGGGGGACUGACAUUUUAACAAAAUGAUCCCUCCCGCCCACACGUCUAACAGCUGUCCGCAUAGAAAUCUAUCAAGAUGUCAUAGCCCUCUGUGUGGAUAGAUGAUUGACAGGGGAGAGCAGGAGAAUCCUCCUAAAGGCCAAGUAAUCAAGAACAUCUGUUCUAUUAGCAACCUCAAGCUGAGUUUAGACAUUUAUGAACAAAAGACAAAUCAACUAUUUUAGAAAGAUUACAUAAAAAUGCAGCCAACAGAAAAAAAGCAACAUCCAGUGUUCAGAAAGGGUAACUGGGUAAAACAACAUAAUUGGUGCGAUAAUAUUAUUUCAUAGACUCAAAACCCCAAACAUGAGUUUACCAAAGUUGUGAUAAGCCAGAUAAAAUGUAGUAUAAAUCAGAAGGGAAAAAAGUUAAGUAUAAAUUAGUCAGUUUAAUAAAAAUAAUUAAAUUCAUUCAAACAAUCAAUACGAAUGGCACUCACAAACAAAAAGUACAAUACUGUGUACAAAAUGCACCUUCGCCCCAAAGGCCCCUUUUGUUCAGUCCACCUAUUCUUUGCUGAAAUAGCCGAGAUACCGACCAAUGUGGGAAAAUUGAUGCUGGUCUCAGGUGCAGACCCUUCUCUCAGGCUGAAGAUUCUUUUGCAAAGGUUAUUUUUCAAAUCGUUAAAAUGCAGGGAGUGCUUUAUGCUUUUUGUCUUUACGUUUUUGUGGACUUCCUCAGGAUUGUAUAAUAUUGUUUAUUAUAUAAAAGACAAAAAUAUGUAGGAUUAUUUAAGAAAGUGAAAUAAUUCAAAGGGUUUUUUAACUUGGUGGUUUGAGUAAGCAAACUGAAAGCAUAGCUGACUAAGAUAAUUUUUCCAGUUUGUCUAUUUUACAUGUGACUUGCACAUCCUUCCUUAAAGGGACACUAUAGUGACCAGAACAACUACAGCUUACUGCAUUUGUUCUGGUGAGUAGAAUCAUUACCUUCAGGCUUUUUGCUCUAAGCCCUGUCUUUUCAGAGAAAAUGCAGUGUUUACAUUACAGCCUAGUGGUAACUCCACUGGCCAUUCCUCAUAUGGUUACUAGAGGUGCUUCCUUGGGCAGUGCAGUACUGUGAGCAGUACUGACAUUCAGUGUCUCCAUCCUCUGCAUGCAGACACUGAACUUUCCUCAUAUAGAUGCAUUGAUCAAAUUUAUCUCUAUGAGGAGAUGCUGAUUGGCCAGGGCUGUGUUUGUGCCGGCUCUGCCUCCUUGACAGUCUCAGCCAAUCCUAUGGGAAAGCAUUGUGAUUGGCUCACAUAAUCACUUCUGAUCGUGUCAGCUGUAAGCAGACAGAUCAGAGGCAGCAGCUGCAGACUUAAAUACAAUAAGAUAUUCCUGUAUUUAGGGAGGCAAGAGGGGUCAGGGUGGACUAGAUGGUAGUUUUAAAACUAUAGGGUCAGAAAUACAUGUUUGUGUUAUUGACCCUAUAGUGUUCCUUUAACUUUUCCUGUAAAGAGACAUCUAAUGUUUACACUUCCUUUAUUGCUAAUUCUGUUUAAUUUAGCAUUUCGUAUCUCCUGCACUGCUAAAAGCUUACUAGACCUUGCAGGAGCCUUGUGCAUGUGAUUUAAAGUUCAAUUUACAGAGCAGGAGAUACAAACUUCUAAAACAAGUUAGCAUCUACCGUAUAUACUCGAGUAUAAGCCGAGUUUUUCCAGCACAUUUUUUGUGCUGAAAAACCCCAACUCGGCUUAUACUCGAGUCACUGUCUGUAUUAUGGCAGUUUAUAUUGCCAUAAUACAGACUGGGGGCUGGCAGAGCUGUUACUUACCUCUCCUGCAGCUCCUGUCAGCUCUCUCCUCCUCCGCGCCGGUCCGGUCAGCACCUCGGUCAGCUCCCAGUGUAAGUCUCGCGAGAGCCGCGGGGUCAUAGUGCGGCUCUCGCGAGACUUACAGUGUGAGCUGACAGAAGAGCUGCACGGACCGGCGCGGAGGAGGAGAGAGCUGACAGGAGCUGCAGGAGAGGUAAGUAACAGCUCUGCCAGCCCCACUCCUCCCCCCACUGAACUGCCAAUGCCACUGGACCACCAGGGAAGGAGAGCCCCCCUCCCUGCCAUGUAUCAAGCAGGGAGGGGGGACAACAAAAUAAAUAAAUUUAUAAUAUAUAAAUAAUAAUAAUAAAAAAAAUAUAACAAAAAAAUUAAAAUAAUAUUAAUUAAUAAUAUAUAAAUAUAAAUAAUAAUAAAAAAAUAAUUAAAAAAAUAAUAUAACCAAAAAAAUUAAAAUAAUAAAUAAUAAUAUAUAUUUUUUUUAUAAAAAUGCCCACCCCCCCACCAAGGCUCUGCAACACAAACAUACACUGCAUCACACACACACACACACACACUGCACUCAUAUACACACUGCAUCACACACACACUGCAUCACACACACACACACAUACACACUGCACUCAUAUACACACUGCAUUUAUACACACACACUGCACUCAUAUACACACUGCACUCAUAUACACACUGCAUUUAUACACACACUGCGCACUCAUACACACACACUGCAUUCAUCAUAUACACACACUGUAAAUAAAUAUUCAAUUAAUAUAAUUUUUUUAGGAUCUAAUUUUAUUUAGAAAUUUACCAGUAGCUGCUGCAUUUCCCACCCUAGUCUUAUACUCGAGUCAAUAAGUUUUCCCAGUUUUUUGGGGUAAAAUUAGGGGCCUCGGCUUAUAUUCGGGUCAGCUUAUACUCGAGUAUAUACGGUAAUUGAAAAUGAAACCAUUUUUUUCAUGUAGGCUGUGUGAUUAACAGCUAGGGGAGGAGUGUCUAGAGCUGCAUUGACAUAAACAAAAGUGAUUUAACUCAUAAUUGGCAGUGAAUUGAGCAGUGAGACUUCAAAGGCAUGAUCUAUACCUGAACACUGUUUCAUUAAGCUAAAGUUGUUUUGGUGACUAUAGUGUCCCCUUAAGGACCAAACUUCUGGAAUAAAAGGGAAUCAUGACAUGUCACACUUGUCAUGUGUCCUUAAGGGGUUAAGAACAAAGUGGCCAAGCUGUAUGCAUAUAGCUGACUUGGAUAAUUUGGCCUUAAAUUCAUUUUGAAUUUAUUUGAAAUUAAAAGCAAUUAUCACCUUCGUGAAUACACUUAUCAGUGUACUCCAGUAGCCCUUUGUUCUUUAUAGUAGGUCAUUAUAUAGUCCGAAGAUGAAUGAUCUUAGAGGUUUAUGGCACAAAUAUCUAAUCACAUUACUCAGAGGCAUUAAUAUGUCAAAUAUCGGCAUUUAGCUCCUGCAACGUAUUUUUGUGUCUGUGGAGAUUGCAUUUAAAGGAACUCACUAUGUCAGUACAGUGGGUUUCUCUAGAAAUAAAACCACCGUUUGAUAAAGAAUUAAAAGGAAACUCACCACAUUCAAUAAAAGUUAAAAAUCCCCUAUAUGAUAACCUGUGAAGCACCCGGUAAUAAUAACAUCAAUACAACUAAGGUGAUAAUGGUGGCUAGAAAUACUGCCAUUUCUAUAGAACUUGAUAUUUUCAAAAGUGUAAGAAAUCUGCAAACAUAUAUAUAAAAAAAAAAAAAAUAGUGCAUUACAUAAAAAAAAAAAAUCCGCACUGCGCUCAGCAUAUACAGAGUAACACUCACAAGCCAUGUGGCUUAUAAUCUCAUUUGUUUAUGUAUAAUGAAAAUGUCCUGCCUACGUUUAAUACUUGUGAAACGAUUUACCGAAGCCUGUAGGUUUUUUCUGUUUUUGUGUCACUGCAAAGUUACAUUGAAAUUGACAUUCACUAAGUGGUGGAUAUUUACAUCAAUGCCAAUUAGUAAAGGGUUCCGUCUGGAGAGGGGAGCCCACGAUAAAAAACUGCUGCUCAAUUUGGUAUUCACUAAAAGUCAUUUUACUUCUAGAAUGCCAUGCAAGGUGAGACCAGGCUUGAGAUCUCACUAGACAAGCACCAGCAAUGCGAUGUCCCUGAAAGUGAAAGUUAAAAAAAAAUUACUUUGUCCUCUGUGGAUCUCUCCAUUAAAAUAUAUAAGAAUAAAAAAAGUGGGUUCCCUGCUCCCAGUUUGCAAAAUAAUUUUUAUACACUUCCACUUUCCAGCGUGUUUUCUGGACAUACGGUGUAGAUUGUCCGUGUUUCGUGCUAAAAUGGUGCAGACUGGUAGUGUGACAUUCAGUUCAAUGAUGAUGUUCAGUUCCUAACACAUGCUGCAUCUUGCCACCUGCCAUCGAGAUAUCAUUACAGCAGCCAUGCUUUGAACAGAACUUCAGCGACAAAGAAUAAAAGAGCCGCCUUCUCGAACAUUCAACGUAGAUAACAGAUGAUGUAAUUUUCCUCAUUUAACAUUAACCCCUUAAGGACCAAACUUCUGGAAUAAAAGGGAAUCAUGACAUCUCACACGUAGAAACAUAGAAUGUGACGGCAGAUAAGAACCAUUCGGCCCAUCUGGUCUUCCCAAUUUUCUAAAUACUUUCAUUAGUCCCUAGCCUUAUCUUAUAGUUAGGAUAGCCUUAUGCCUAUCGCACGCAUGCUUAAACUCAUUUACUGUGUUAACCUCUACCACUUCAGCUGGAAGGCUACUCCAUGCAUCCACUAUCUUCUAAUUUCAUGUGUCCUUAAGGGGUUAAACAGACUUAGUCUCAUAAAGUGAAAAUAUGAUUAAAAUGAUCCCCUAUUUUCAAGACACUAUAAAGAUAAUGCAGAAAGAAAAAUAUGAAAAAUUGAUUUGAAAGAAGUGAAAAACAAAGAUGUUAUUCACCGUUUAAAAUAGACCUGUAUUUUUAUUUAUUUUUUGGUUUUCCAUUCCUUAUGCCCCCUGUAUUUUAAUGAUUAUACUCCCCUCCUUGCCAUUUGUCUUUAUUUAUAUUUAGCUUUUCUUCCUUAUGCCGGAUCUCAAUAUCCAGGAGCAGCCAUUUUGUUCUCCUCUGUACAUAAUCGUGCUGAUGGAUUGUGGGUAAAUUUGAUUGGCAACUGAAACAGAACCUUGCUUUUAAGCUCUGCCCAUUGUCAAGUUUUGUCAACCUGACUGCUAUACAUAAGGAAAAGUAGUCCCUGCUUUUAUUUAUGUAUAUUAUGGUCCACAGGUAUCCCCCCGAUGAUCCCAAGAUCCAGUGUGAUCUGUGAUAUAGUCCCAAUCCGUUUACUGCCGGCCCCACGACAGAUCUCCAUCUCUAUCUUCGUGCCAUUCGGGCCCGGAUAUGAAAGAGGCCAGUGCCUUUUCAUACAGCUGCAGUCCAUGGGCUCACAUCAUUUGUCGGGUCCCUUGGUACAGCGUGCUCCAGGCGUGCCUUCAAAAGAACUUGAACAGUAUGUUCAAACGAUGCAGGACAUUGUAGGUAUCUCUAUAGGGAUCUGAGGAGCAUGUGGCGCCCACCAGCACUCAGGUGCCCAUUGCUUCUUCAGAAGUUAUGCCAUGCGCCCUCAGCCUUAUAAGGGAGCCUCCAGUCAGUAGCCCGGGAUCACCCCCACCAGUUCAAAGGGGGAAAAAUGGGGCACCAAUCAGCAGCACAGGGCAGAAGAGGAGAUAGGCCCCUUCUCCACUCUCUUGGACUCUGAACGCUGCCAAGCAGUUCUCAUUUCUCUGGCGGUGUGGGCACCCGAGGACAUCAAAACAUGCUCUGGGAUCACCUCAGUCGAUUCAGGAGCACCACAGGGGCAGCUAGAGUCAUUGAUGGGAGUACAAUCUACUAGAAUAUCGGUUCUCAAAAAUUUAUGUGCCUGAGCUCCUACAGGAUGGAACAUCUUCCAACAGAGGACCAAAACCAUCAGCAUAUUCAUAGGUGUCAAUUGUACUAAGGUUUGAGUAAAAUUAGCAGAAUGGGGUUAAAAAAGUACUUAAUUUAUUUGUAAUCUAAUAUGACCAAUUGAUUACACCUUGUAAGAAUUUCACACAGAAUAUUUUGUUUAGUUUAGUACGUGUAUAAGGAAAUUGUAACUUAAAUUAAUGUAUACACUCUGUGACUAAUAAUUAUCCUAAAAUACCUGUAAUGCUUGUUUUAGAAACCUUGGCUUUGGGACCAGCGGGAAUUCUGGGCAAAUUACCCACAUCAGGUGAGUACUGAGGGAUUAACCAAUGCUGACAGAAAGAAAGUACCGUAUAUACUCAUGUAUAAGUCGAGUGCAGUUUUGUGACCAACAAUUGUGAAAUAUGCUAUGCCUCGUGGAUAAGUCGAGGGUAAAACUUGGGGCUAUGAAAUUCUGUGAUUUUUAUAAUUAUAUACACACACACUCAUACAAACACACACUCUGCAUUAGAUAUACCCACACUCAUACAAACACACACUCUGCAUUAUAUAUACACACACACUCAUACAAACACACACUCUGCAUUAUAUACACACACACACUCAUACAAACACACACUCUGCAUUAUAUACACACACUCUGUGUAUAUAAUGCAGAGUGUGUAUAUAAUGCAGAGUGUGUGUUUGUGUAGUGUGUGUGAACUGGGUGGGGGGAGGGCAUUUUUAUUAUUUUAAUUUUUUUUUAAUUUUAAUAUUAUUUUUUUUAUUAUUUUAAUUUUUUUUGUCCCCCCUCCCUGCUUGUUAACUGGUCAGGGAGGGGGGCUAUCUUAAUCCCUGGUGGUCCAGUGGCAUGGGCUGUGAAGUGGGGGGGCCGGCAGGAAGCAUUUACUUACCUUUCCUGCAGCUCCUGUCAGCUCCCUUCUCCUCCGUUCCGGUCAGCUCCACAGUAAGUAUCGCGGUCUGGUUGCCGCGACUCUCUAAGUUGCCAUAAUACAGACAGUGACUCGAGUAUAAGUCGAGUGGGGGUUUUUAAGCACAAAAAAUGUGCUGAAAAACUAGACUUAUACUCGAGUAUAUACUGUACAUGGAUAGAAUAAAAAAAUGUGUAGAAAAAAAAAUACUGAAAUAAUUAAGGCAGUGCGAAGUAGUGGGAACUAUAAGCUGAGGUUGGGUAUGCAUCUGUUGCACCUUUAUCCAGAAUUGUUGUCAAGAUCCAUUGAAGACCUUUAGUUUAGAGCCAUUAGGAACUCAAUGAGUUCCAAAAUUCACAGGCCAGAAGCAUGUCACUAAUUGACUUUUCCCCUCAAACUCUUCCCGUACUGAUGUCUUUGCCUUUUUCUCCUAACGGUAUCUUCAUAAUUUGGGUCGUUGUUUAGAAACGUCCCAUGUGUAGACUGCGUUCUAACACGAUGUUCCGAAGGAACUGGCAUUACCAAAUACACUAACAUUACCCUAACAUGCUCAGAUACUGUAACCUGCUCAGGUAAUGGUGUUAUGUGUAGAAUAUUUGGUUAAACAAUUUAGUACAAACAGGUGCUAAUUAAAGUUGUUGCAGUGGGUUGGCACAUUAUGGAACUCUCAGAGUUAAAUGUAAUAUUUUUUUUUUUUCCUGCACAGCCAUUGGUCUCAUCUCUAUACUGGUAUUACAUAUUAGAAUUGGGAUUUUACUGCUCCUUGCUUCUCACCAUAACGUUUGAUGUAAAGAGAAAGGUGAGCACUAUGUAUAUAAAUACAGGGUAGGCCAAAACUCAGAGUAGGAUAUGGCAGGUAAAUAACAUAUUUGUUAGUAGUUCAAUCUUUUUUGUUGCAGGUACAUAUUAUAAACUGAGUCUUUGAAGAUUUAUCAUGGGUAAUUUCACGAAGGAACAAAAAGUGAAAAUAGUGGAAUUUUAUUUUCAAAAUGGCAGGUGUGUCAUUUUGACGCAAAAAGCUUACCACCGCCACUUCAAUGUAAGCCUCCACAUUCACCCGACCUUUCAGAUCACGUUUUCUUCCUGUGGGGUAUCUGAAGGAGCUGUUGUACGCGAACAAACUGCGUACAGUUGAGCAGCUCAAGGAGAAUGUCCGAGCAGAAAUUUGAGCACUAGAGCCUCAAACAUUAACUAACGUCAUGAUCAAGUCAACCAAAAAAAAAAAACUUUGCGAGGCAGCAAAUUAAGCUCAUUUAAAAGAUGUCAUCUUCCAUGACUAUUCAAACAAAUCUCCAUAUGUUAGGCAAUCAUUGUAUAUAAUGUCAUUGAAAUUGAUUUGUUUUUUAAAAAGGUAUUCACUACUCAAUUCCUACUGUGCAUUUUGGCCCACCCUGUAUAUAAAUAUUGUGUAGGUUCUAUUUCAUGAUCAAUGUAUGAAAUGAAGAGUUACUCAGAUUCCCAGUGUGUUAAUAUAGACUCCCUAUAAUACAGACUGACUGGUUAAGAACCCGGAUAACAGGACAUUUUCCUUUUGCGGUCUUUCUUCUUCCCUCUGUUUUUCUCAUUCCACCUCGACACCCCUAUUAAUAUUUUCCUAUAAAUUGUAUCAACAAAGCAGUAACGCAUUGUUUUGAUCCCGGCAGGACCUGAAGGAACAGAUAAUCCAUCAUUUUGCCACUAUUUUCCUGAUAUCGUUUUCGUACUGUGCCAACUACAUACGUGCUGGAACAUUGGUGAUGCUUCUGCAUGACUCCUCCGAUCACAUCCUGGAGGUGAGGAGAUCAAAAAUCCUGUAAUAGUGUCACCAAAGGAAACACUUGCUAAGAGUUAGCAUAGUAAGCACACUGAUUUCAGCCACCGCUCACUGUCUAAGGGCGAUAGGAGUGUUUUGAAAGCAGCUGGAUGUCUUCCAGUUGGCGGCCGUCUCAGCUAGCUAAGCUUUGUUGGAGAAGCACAAACAUUAACCACAGAAUGGGAGAUAGAUGUUAAACUUGGCUCCUUAACAAAGAGACCUCAUUGAUGCAUUGUGUUUGGUUCUGGAAUCUAGAGUAUUAGAAACACAAAAGUAAAUUUGAAAAGGAGGAAUUACGAUUGCAAAGGUCUAUUCACUAAACAGUGCAUUGUAGCAAAUGCAAUUCCAGUUCACUGCAAUUUGGUGUUCAGUGAAUAAACUGUGAGAAACUAUUUAUGCCUGCUGAAGAUUAAAGGUACACCCAGACACCAUAACUACUUCAUUGAAAUGUUGUUAGAUAUCAAAGUUGUUAUGGUGCCAGGAGGCCCCUUGCCAGUUUCAUGAGUGGGAAGUUACUGAUUGGCUGAGAGCAUCAGCUCACUGCUCUCAGCCAAUCAGAUUUUGAGCAAGCAGAUGGACAAAGGGACAGAGAGAUCCAGCGCUGGAAUUCAGACUUUGGGAAUAAACUGAAAGUAAAAAUAGAUAAUGGUAGGUAACUAUAAUGUAAGGUAUAAAAUUAAAAGUGGGCUGCUGCAUACAUUUAAAAGCGACUGUAAAGAAAGAAUCUGAGGUCAGCAUCAGAAUGACCCUCCCACCCACUCCUCAUUUCAACACUUUCUCUUUUCUUUCCAUUUACUUUACUUUCUUACUCCUUGGUGGGCCCUCUUUAUUUACAGGCCUACCGUAUCGUCGGUCUCGGCACACCACAACCGACUUGCUCCCUUUAUACUAUCCUACGCUUAUGCUGGAUCCUUACUCCAUGUACGACUAUUUGCCCCUUACACAAAUAUAUAUAUAUAUAUAUAUAUAUAGAGAGAGAGAGAGAGAGUGACGCACAAUGUCUCUAAAAAUACAUAUAUUUAAUAAUAAUAAUAGAUCAAAAAUUAAAAAAAAAAAUCUAAAUUCCAGAAUUCUCUCACAAAUUAAACUGGGUUUCAGAUAUAAAAUGUACCCAAGAUACACCAAUAAUGUAGUAUUGACAAUUGAAAAACCAUCCUGAGAGGAUGAUGUAAACCCAAACUAUGAACAGAGCCGCCCCCCCCACCUCAGAAAAUGCAACAGUAUCACAGGGAGAAGCAGCUUGUUGCAAUCUGAAGUGUGGAUCCGCUGUGUCAGUUUGUGUCAAAACGCAAAAUGGAUACAUACAAACAAAACGCCAGUGUGAAUAUAAAUAAAAAAUUCUAUCAGCAGUAGGACAAAAAACCUAUAUGAUCCCCAGUAAAAAAUUUAGAUAAUGUACUUUAACCUGAGGUAAAAAGUCCCUUGCUGUGGCAGGCGAUAGGACGGGUAAACAGUGUGAUGGAACUUCAGACAGAAUGCUCGCUGUAGAUACUGAGCGCUCAGCUCAGCCGUGAGCAGAUAUGUCACCUUGGGGGAUACGUGCAAACACAACGACCCCAGAGUUUAUAUCUUGCUGAAUAUUUUUGUUUGUUUUUUGAGGAAUGAAGCUACUUUAAGCCUUUCCCGUGACUGCUGUAGAGGCUGUCGUGUAUAUACGCAUGCUAUAAAAGAUCUUUUAUAAACUUGGUAGGAGAAGAUCUUGUAGCUGCACUUUAUUACUUACUUCUUACUGCUACUGCAAUUAUCUAUAUAAAAACAUACUUGCCAAGAGUCCCAAGUCUGGUGGGUCAGUCCUGUUUUAGGGCCUUCUCUGGUGUCUUGCUUAUGGGAAAAAGUCACCAUAACAUGCAGUUUUUACAUGGAAUUUCCACUCAUACUUGAGUGCUUUAUCAGCGUUCUGCAUAUAAGAGGCUGUGGUCGUCUUGAGCAUCACCUAAGGUGACAGCUGCAUCUCUGGAAUGCCCCACACUCACCCCAGUCCCCACUAUGCCCAAAACCAAUGUUGACAGCAAAGAGAAUCAGAGGCACUUCAAACAUUAUACAUUACUGUUUUUGAAGUGCCCUUUAAAAAAAAAAAAAAAAAAAAAGUAGAUCCCCAGAUGUUUGAAAACUAUAACUUCUAUGAUGAUUUGUCAUUCUAAAGGCAUGGAAAGCCUCAUGGGAGUUGUAGUUCUACAACAUCUUUAAACUAUGGAGUACAAUCUGGAUUUAAACGUUACUUUAAAUUUAUGGGAUUAAAUAGAGAUAGAGAAUUAAAAAAAAAAAAAAAAAAGGAAAAACCAUUUGCCACGCAUGGGUUACUAGGUGCCUGGCACAGGCAGUCCUGUUACUCCCCCAACACUCAAUUCAACAAAAAGGUAUCCCGAAUUUACAGCUUCAAACUCUGAGGUAGAACAAAGCUUCUUGUUACAGUGAAAUGUAGAUCAGAUCCCUCCAGAAAGAAACGUUCAAGCCAUUCUCUGUACUUCUCAUAGAGCAGUGCUUUCAGAUGGAGCAAAGCCAUAUGUCACGGAACAAAGACUCAUUAUUCCCUCUUCACCCCCUCCUUUCUGAAUCUGUUGUCUCCCCUCCUACCUUAUCCUGUGUGGGAGGCGAAAAGAAAUCUCUCGUCCAAAAUUUAGAACGCAACUAUGUAACACUAACCCAGAAAACUCAAAAAUCACUACAACGGAUGAUGUAAUCCACCACGGUUCAUUUUGAUUGGAAAUUCAAGCUUUAUGUAGGAUUUAGCAUUUUCGCACUUGGUUUAAAGUAAUUAAAUUCCUUAUUUGAAAGACAGGUUUGAUUUGACAUUGUCCAGGUGAGAAAACAAUUCAAUGAAAAAAAAUAAAAAAAAUUGAGGAGUACAGAAAGUCAUUGUUCACAUAAUAGUGAUAUAUAACAAAGCGAUUACUUACUCACUAAAUAUGAAAUGGUCAAUGUGCUUUAAAAAAUGGAAAACAAAUAUUUUCAAUUUGAAAUAAAAUUCCUGAUAGGCAUUAUAUAAAGGUCGCAUUCAUAAUGAGUGAGCUUGUUACAGCUUCGUUAGUGAGUUGAAGGGAUUAUUUUUUUUUAUGUUUAUCAUUAGCUUUAAAUGUUACGAGGUACAUAAUGUCAAGAAGUAUCACCUGAGAUUCGCCUGCAUGUUACGGCGCACAGUAACUCAUCUAGUCCACCGAAUGUCCACUGUCCACGUUAGGUUAGUGCAACGUCCUCAGGAGGUUAUGGCGCUCUAAAGACGCUGGGUACACCAUUAUAAUGAUGACCUCCUUUUAUUUAUGGUGUAACAAUACCGCUCUAUAAUAAAUACAGAAUCACAUUAAGGGCACAUCGCACAAAUAGAAAAACAGUCCAAUGUUAGAUUUUACAAGGCGGCUUACUCUUUUUGAGUGUAUUAUGUUCCUGUAGUGUGCUCUCGUUAUAAAUUUAUGUUUUUACAGCAGUACCAUUAUCAAGACAUGCGUGCUGUGUUUGUGGCCUCUAAUUCUUUUUUUCAGUGUCUCUGUGAUAACCCGCACACUUUUUACUCAAAGUUAUGAUGAUGAUCAUAAUGCAGUCUGCUAGGUAUCCAGCUGACACUUUGAUAACUGUGUGCCCAGUAUUAGCUGGAGAAUCACAGGCCAGGAAACCGAGAGACACUGCCUCUGCCAAAUCUGAUUGUAAAUGACACUGCCAUUUUACAGCUCCUAUCAUGUGUUUGCUGUAUACAAAGAAAAUAAAAUCUGAAUCCAUAAUAUCAGGAAACCGAAUACCUCGAGCCCCUCUCCUAUUGCAGCCUGUAGGUUACAGAUUAAAAGAUUUGGAGGCUACACAUGUGGUGUCACAGAUCCAAUCCCCCUCUGCUUCAGUAAACAAAAAUUUAAAGGGACACUAUAGUCACAAAAACACAUUAAGCCUAAUUAAGAAAUGUUGGUUCAUAGAUCAUUCCCCUGCAUUGUCACUGCUCAAUUCUCUGCCAUUUAGGAGUCACUUUGUUUAUGUAGCCCUAGGCACACCUCCCUGCAUGUGACUUACACAGCCUUCCUAAACACUUCAUGAAAAGAGUCAUCUAAUGUUUACACUUCCUUUAUUGCAAAUUCUGUUUAAUUUAGAAUUUCAUAUUUCCUGCUCUGUUAGUAGCUUGCUAGGCUCUGCAUGAGCCUCCUGUUUCUGAUCAGUUUAAUUUUACAGAGCAGGUAAAAAAAAUAACUUUUAAAGUAAGUUACAUCUAAUUGGAAUUGAAUCCAUUUUGCUUUUGAUACAGGCUGUCAGUCACAGCCAGGGGAGGUGUGGCUAGGGUUGCAUAAACAGAAACAAAAGUGAUUUAUUCCUAAAUGGCAGAGAAUUGAGCAGUGAGACUGCAGGGGCAUGUUCUACACACCAAAACUGCUUCAUUAAGCUAAAGUUGUUCUGGUGACUAUAGUGUCCUUUAACCACAUUCCAACGUUCAAGAGGGUUUUUAAACCUUGAAAAAUCUGUAUUCUUGUUCCAAAGCAUUAAUACAUCCAGUAAUGUUAUAAACAUGAGAGCUGUCAGGUGCUGGAGUACCUGAUCUUUAAAGUAUGGUAGCUAGAGAGGACCCAAGGAAACACCAAAAAUAAAAGCAAUAUAAAAUACAAUGUGUAAAUAAAAGGCGCUAACUUUAAAAAAAAAAUGCAAAAAAAUAAAUUAACCAAAACCGUGUACAGCCAUCAAUAAAAGUAAACAGAUUGAAUAAAAAAAUUAGAGCAGAAAACCUGAUCGGUUUAAGACUUUAUUAUUCCCUAUUCCGGUUGUACCUCAUUCCUCAUUAUUUUGUUUUCUGUUAAAUUAGUGCCUUUUCUUGGCUUUCCCUUUUAGGCUUGGCUGACUGUUAUUCUUUGGGGACCUUUAACUAACUUGUGUUGAUGAUAGUAACAUAUCUAAAAAGUCAUACUUUUAUUUGUGUGUUUUAUAGGAAUUGUCAUGUUUGAGCGGCUGAAACAUAAUAAAAACUUUAGUUUAAACUUUUUGUCAAAAUUGACACCUGACCACAUAAGGCUUUAUAAAUGUGUUCACUGUUUCUUUUCUUCCUAGUUAGCAAAGAUGUUUAAUUACACCAAGUGGAAGAGAGUGUGCGAUGUCCUAUUUAUCAUCUUUGCUGUGGUUUUCUUUGUCACACGCCUGUAUCUUCUCCCCACGAGGUGAGUUCUGAGAAUUAAUAGUUUCGUUUUUGUGAUUGACACUUAGAAACCUAAGCCACACUGGAGUUGUUGUGUGAAAGUGUAUCUGUGACGAAGGUAUAAACGUUUGCAAAACAGAUAACAUCUGAAAAGCUGGAUUUAAUAAUUCCUGGGAAAAAAAACCUAUUCAAUUAUUUAUAUGCAAUGAAUUAAUAAACCUAUACAAUACAAUUAUCAAAACAAUUUAACAAUUUAAAACAAUAUGCUUACAUUCACAUCUUGUAGCUGCACAGCUGACUGAGAACAGGAAGGGACUCCAUGAAUCGGGAGUCUGUCCCUAUUUUGAUUUUGAAUGUAUCCCGCAAACCAGAAAUUGACUAAACAAAGGAGUAAGUUAAAUCACUGAGGUUGGAAGUCACUCUCAGCGAGGAGAGCAAGUGCCUUGUACUCGCUGCACUAUAACCUUUACAGUACUAAGGUGUUUAGAGUGACUGUUUAAAGGACCACUAUAGGCACCCAGACCACUUCAACUCAAUAAAGUGGUCUGGGUGCCAUGUACCCCUAGUUUUAACCCUGCAGCUGAAAACAUAGAAGUUUCAGAGAAAACUGCAUUUUUGUUUUUAACCCCUUAAGGACACGACUUCUGGAAUAAAAGGGAAUCAUAAUGGAAUAUUUCCGUCAUGUGUCCUUAAGGGGUUAAAUUGUCUUAAAAUCUGGUUUGAUGUUCAGCUGCAAUAAUCAACAAACACAAUCUGUGUCCAAUGAAUUAAAUGAGAUUGGAGGUGUGGGUUAGAGCUAGUUUUAAGAAGCACUCAUGUACUUUGAGUUAGCUAUUUACAAAAAGAAUCUGUUGUUGUGAAUCGUGCCUUGCAAAAAGCAUUCAGAAAACCUGUGGUCAAGAAUUGUUAUGUUGCAUAAAACUAUAAAGGGUUACAAAGUUAUCUCAAAGAAUUUAGCUAUUUAUCUGUCCACUGUUGAACAAAUUGUCUAUAAAUAGAGACGACUUAGUAAUCUGGCCACUUUCCACUCCACUCAGAAUAUAUCUAUAGUUUAUUGGCCCAGCAUAUCAGCAUUAUGUUGCAGGCAGGGCGUUAUCGUUAGUGUGUGUCGGUCAUGAUAUGAAUGCUAGCUGUAGUCUGAAUCGCUGAAAUGUGACUAAUAGUUGAAUGUGUUCAUAUUUGCACCUUAUGUUCCUGACUACUAUAUAAUUGCACUUUAUGUGUAUGGCCAAUGUACUUACAUAUGUGCUCACAAUUAGCACUUUGUUAUUGGUCAAUGUGUUUGUAGUUGUGUUCUGUGCGUAUGAUAUAUAUAAUUACUUGAAUUGUGGUAUGCCCUUAUUGUCACAUUAAAAAGGUAUAUUGUUGAGAUUUCUCAUUUUAUUUGCACUUGAUUGUGUUAAUUGUAUUAGUAGUUUGAUACACUUUAUUUGCACGAGGUAUGGUUGGCUUAUAUUGCAUAGAAAUUUUUAGUUUGGACUGGGGACUAUAGUCUAUGUAGCGGAAUUGUUUAAUAUUGGUGGCAUUUUUUCUCAUGGUAUAUUUUGUUAAUCGUUAUUGUAUUUUUGAUCAGAGGCCAACUGUGUUUCAUUGUCUUUGUACGUACACUGUACAGUGAUAAUAAAGUUGAAUCUGAAACUUAAAGUCCGAAAAUAGCCUCUCCAUGGAAAACAGCUCUGAUUAUAAAUAGCCCGGUUAAUUGCUUCUUAGUCCCAUAUCAUUUGUUACUUUUUUUUUCUAAAAUGCAUAAUGUUUUGCAGGACAUAGGCACGCAUAAAAAAACUGCAUACAUAUGAAAAUUAUCUCAAGGAAGUGUAUUUUUAUAAUUGGAUACUAUAUUUAUUGAUAGCUCAAGAGUCACUGUAUCCCAGCAUUCUUCUUACAGUGUCUGUACUACAUGAUGAACAGGUCAUAAUACAAACGCUGGUUUUUAUUCUUUUUGUUCCUGGGUAUAAAACCCAUUUAGUCAUCUUUAAGGGUUGCUCCAACCAAAAACAGUUGUUUUGUUUAGACUAACCCUUAAUAUCCUGGUUCUUCCUCCUCUCCCCUGAUCACAGGUUUAAGAAACGUUUUUUAAAAAAGCUAAAACUUUUCAGUUUUCCAGUGCAGAGGCCAAAUUCUCCCCUAAGCGCGAUCCUCCUCUGUUGAUAUCACUUCCCCUAGCUGCCAGGAAGGGGGUGAGGAUGUUCUGGGGAGGGACAUGGGCUGCAUAAAUUGAUAACACUGCCGUAGGUGAAGUAUCAAUUUUGCCAGUAGAGGGAUGAAACUCAGUAUGAUCAACGUUUCAUAGCAAAACGUUGCACAUACAGGCUCCAGGCACCAUAACCACUUCACACCACUGAAGUGCUUGUGGUGCUUGUAGUGAUCCUUUAACAAAUAAAUGAGCGUGUUAAUAGUGACUUCAGUAUUUAUAAAAAUUUCCAGCCAAAUAUUUUUGCUUUUCUCUGAAUAUGUGGCCAUCAAAACAAGUCUGUUAAUAAUGUCACUUGAUUGACACUGCAGUGUUGUUCCAUUCAUAAGUGCCGAACAUUAGUACAGCACAUUUCACAAUGGUUAUUGGGACCUGCAUUCAGGGUGCUAUUAAAUGUGAUGGUACUGUAGACAGAGUGAUAUGUCUCCAAUCGCCCCCUUUUUAAAUAACAGCAGUAAGUAUUAUAGAAUACAGACCUAGCCGCACCCCUCCUUGAUGUGACUCACUCAACCUGCAUGAAAAAAACAUUUUCAAUCAGAUAUUAACUUGCAUUAGAAGUUUUUAUCUCCAGUUCUGCUAAUUAAACUCUAAUCACACACUUUAGGUUCCUGCGGAGUCUAGAAGGCUAUUAACAAAACAGGCGAUAUUAAAUUCUAAAUUAAACAGAAUUUGGACGUUAAAACAUUAGAUCUCUCCUUAGAGGAAGUGUUUAAGAAGGCUUACAUGUGUAAGUCACAUGUAGGGAGGUGAAACCAGGGCUUGUAUAAGCAAUGUGAUUUAACUCCUAAAUGGCAGAGAAUUGAGCAGUGUGACUGCAGGGACAUGAUCUAUACACCAAAACUGAUUCAUUAAGCUAAUGUUGUUUUGUUGCCAACCUUUUGUUCUUUACCAAUUAGAAAGUACUAUAUAUCUAAAAUGUUAGAUUAACAAACUGUAGGUGGAAGUUAAAGCACUAAUUUGUAUUUUGUUCCUUUGACAAUUAUUUAAAUAGUCAAAUGAGAUUCCAGCAUCAUUGGUGUAACGGAUCACCUGGCACCCCGACUGGGUAUCUCCGUUGAAGGAUGCUCCUAGCGCUUCCUGAGGGCUCCAAGCACUCCAGCCGACACCAUAACCACUGUAGACUCCUCCAGAGAGCAAGGCAGGAACAAGCUCUUACAAGAGCUUAGUAGUGAUUUAGCAAGGGAGUAUGACAAGCAUAGCAAUCCCUUGUAGCAGAUUCCCCCAAUAAGAGACAGGACUCAGAUUGAAGUAGAACUGAAGCUUUUAAUCAAACACUCUGCUUUUAUGCAAUUCUCCCGUGCAAGGGAGACGCCCACAGACAAUUAUGAAUUACCCAAUCACACACUGGUUAAAUCCCACACAUCUCCUCCCCUUAGCCUGAGAGGUAACACAAUUAGCCGUACAAUUUAAAAUAUACUUUUUACCCAACUUUCAUAACUCUAAAACUAUACAUCCAAUAUUAAUAAAACAUAUUAUUAAUCAGCAUAUUUCAGCAUAUUAAUCAGCAUAUAAAUACAAACAUACCCAAAAAUCAUUCGAAUCCGUUCAGCCGUUCGGGAGAUAGAUAUAAGUCACCUUUGACCGACCGCAAGCACAUUUUCAUGCCCAAAACAGUUCCAGAGAAUCAGGCUGUGCAUCCGGUCUAUUUCCCAUGUUAAAGUCAGUUCAAACAGACGAAUGACAACCGAAUUGUCGAAUGUACCGUCGAAUGCAUUAGUUCCAGGGAAGGUAAAACUUCACCGGUGUUCGUGCCGUUCUGUAGCCGAUUUUAGUUCCAUGAGUUUGACGGCACACACUGCUGACUGCAUUUGAAUGAAUCAAAAUGUCCGCCGCCAUGUGUUUGGUUUUCUAAUGGCGGCCACUUCGACUACUUCGGCUGCAUCCGAAGUGCCAUGCCAAAACUGCAGGUCCUUUCCCAAAGUACUUAAAAGGCCAGAAACAGCACAAUAAAAAUCCAUUAUGCCCAAAUACAGUUCUUAAAGGGCCAUACACAGUCCAAUACAAGUCCAUAAGCCCCAAAUCAGUUCCUUUAAGGGAAAUACAUCCCAGGGGCCAUAGUCACAUGGCAGGAGGCUGGCAAUCAGUCUUCUCCAAUGCCCAGUGGCGAGGUUGGUUUUGCCAUAUUUGGUACAUGCAAAUACUUUAAAAAUAAGGAAUAGGGGGAACCCCUUUACAAAAGGAGACUCCGUGCCUUGAAAAAAAAAUCUAAUUACUGGUCAUUGGAUAAGCUGAUCUAUUUUCCAUAUGUAAAUAAAACCCUGUAUCUCUGUUCAGUGCAAUGAAUCAUUUUAUUGCUGGCAUCUCUGUAUUAGGUUGCCAUCUAGUGUUUGUAGUACAGUACUACAAGACUUGUUAUCAUGUGAAUUAAUGGCAAUAGUGAGAGAGUAGGAGGGAACUGAUCAGUUACUUGCAAGAACUGCUAAUCACAGUGACGUUAGGGGACCAGUAACAUGGAUUAAUCCCCUAUAUUCACUAUAAUUAACAUCUACUUAAAAAAACACCUUUAUGAGACUUUUCAUGAUAUUACGGGGGAUCUCGAAAUUUGGCACCGAGGAUGAAAAUUCUACUACAGUAAACAAUUUUGGGCAGCUGCAUGGGGCGGACAUGACUAUAAUGUAUCUCUUCCAAAACCUGGGACCUAUUGAAAUAGCUAUGGGGGCCAAAUGUGGGGUUAAGAACGGCUAACCUCUUUAUUAUCACCAUAGUUUGCUUUCUAUUGAAAGAAAUAGGUUUGCACUCAUUCCUGCUUCUAUCGGAGUGGACACUCCAUUCCUGCUUCUGUCGGAGUGGACACUCCAUUCCUGCUUCUGUCGGAGUGGACACUCCAUUGCUGCUUCUGUCGGAGUGGGCACUCCAUUGCUGCUUCUGUCGGAGUGAGUCCAGGUGAUCACAAAGUGCUUUUAGAGCUGUUUGUAUUCCAGCACUUUACGUUUGGAAGUGUGUUGUAUUCACAAUAAUUAGCUGGUUCUUGGUUUUUGUUAUUCUUUGUAUUUUUUCCAAUUUUUUUUUUUAUAAAGCUAAUUAAAGAUUGUGAAGUUUGUAUCUAUCUAUAAGCAAUCCACUUUUGGAAAUUAAUAACGUCUUCCAUAUUGGUACGUUCCUUGACUUCCGAAUACGGUGUGAUUUUACUCACACCACUCAUUAUUUAUCAUGCCUCCCAACACUAUUUAGUGCUCAUUUUUUAUUGCACGCAGCAUAAAAUUGCUACAAUAAAUGUAGAUGACAGUUUUUAUAUUUUAAAGGAUCACUAUAGUGUCAGGAAAACAAACCCGGUUUCCUGACACUAUACAACCCUUAGGGUCCCCCCCACCAUCAGGGCCCCCCUCCUGUGGCGCUGAAGGGGUUAAAAACCCUUCAGCCACUUAUCUUCCUCGGCGCUGGUGACCUCUCCUCUACCGCCAAUGUCUGCUCCCAAGUGGAGCAGAAUGCGCAUGCGCGGCAAGAGCCGCACGCGUAUUCAAACAGUCCAUAGGAAAGCAUUUUUUAAUGCUUUCCUAUGGACUUUCUGCACGCUGGAUGCAAUUUAUUUAUUUAUUCCCACAUCCAGCGUUGUCAGGAAGACAGCCACUAGAGGUUGGAUUACCCUGCUAUGCAAACAUACAUCUGAAGGGUUAAAUCCUGGGGGACCUGGCACCCAGACCACUUCAUUGAGCAAAAGUAGUCUGGGUGAUUAUAGUGUCCCUUUAAUGUAGGUGUUGGUAUAAUUGGUUAUAUUAGGUUUGUUGGCAGUAAAACUCACAAUUUGAAAGGGGAAAGGUAAAUAAAUAGUAUUAGGGUCUAGAAGGAUAGCUGAUAACCAUCCAUCUGUCUUCUAAAUUAAUAUCACCAUUGGAUGCUACAGCCUUCAAAAGGCUAAAAUCCCAAUAGUCAUACUCCAUUCUAAAGGGGCCAUCCUAUGGCUCAGGAUCCCAUUGCUGGGCUUAUGCCUGCUUACAUAUCUAGAAGGGUUGGCCUAGUGUAGAAGAGCCAACUGAAGGAUUGCGUCUCUGUAAGUUAACUAGUAAGCCUUAAACUUUUACAGAACUCUGAAAACACUGAUCCUUACAGACAAACGUACAAGUCGAGGCUUUGCUGCGGAAUGCAAUUGCCACUUGCCUUCCAAUAACAGAGCAGGAUUUUAUUCUCUAUAUAUCUCAUUUGUUUUUAAGAUAUUUGUUUGUGUUUGUUUAUUUAAAACAAUGCCAGUAGGUAGGUUGUCUUGUAUAAUAAGGUGUCGGGGGGUGUUCAUCGGAGACUGUUUAACAUGUUCUGGAACUCAGAGAAUCUCAAUGUGGUUGCAAUUUUUUCUUCCCAAAUGUUUAACCCCUUAAGGGCCAAACUUCUGGAAUAAAACGGAAUCAUGACAUGUCACACAUGUCGUGUGUCCUUAAGGGGUUAAAUGGAAGGAUAUUUUGGAGGUUGACGGUUGUUUUGUUGUAGUGUCACAUGUUUUCCGUCGCUUUUAUUAUCACAUUUUUCUUUAUCGGUAAUUGUCAGGUGACAGAACCACAUUAAUGUAAAUAUUUUUUAAGCUUGAUAAGUGUGCCUUUCUUAAACUGGUCACACGAGGUUGUCAGUGUAUUUAUCAGUUAAAGGGACGCUCCAGACACCCAGACCACUUCUGCCCAUUGGAGUGGUCUGUGUGCCAACUCCCACUAACCUUAACCCUGCAAGUGUAAUUAUUGCAGUUUUUUAUAAACUGCAAUAAUUACCUUGCAGGGUUAACUCCACCUCUAGUGGCUGUCAACUAGACAGCCACUAGAGGGCACUUCCUGCUCUGUAGCAGAGAAAACCUGUGCUAGAGCGUCGCUGGAGGUCCUCACGCUGUGUGAGGACCUCCAGCGUCGCUCAAUUCCCCAUAGGAAAGCAUUGAAAAGCAUUAUAUAUAUAUUUUUUUUUUGUCCAGUUUAUCUUGUCUAUGAAUUCUGGUUUCUCUGAUCUGGAUACGUUUUUGACCUUGAGUUGUUUUUUACGACAAGGAUAAAUAGAUGGAAGGGGGAUAUGAGAUUGGAGGAAGGAGCAAUUAAAUGGGGGCCAUAAGAUGGGAGAAAGGGACUUGAAAUGUGAGAUAUGCAAUGGGAGGAACGGUAAUGAAAUAUAUAUUAUAUUACAUAUACCCAUUGCACAGCGCUACGGAAUCUGAUGGCGCUAUAUAAAUAAUAAAAUAAUAUGUAUGCAGUGGGAAGUAGGGAGCAUUGAAAUAAGGGAAAUAUGAGAUGGGAGGAAUGGACAAUGAAAUAGGGGAUACUAUAUAGAAGGAAGGAGCAUUGAAAUGGAAGGACAUAAAAUGGUAAGUAAUAAAAGUCAGGCAUGUGUGUUUGGCUAUUUUUGUAUGUAACUUCAAGGCAGUAUGACCAGCCUAUGGUUAUUUGUGUAUAUAUGUAGGUAAUUUUUGAUUACAGUUCACAUUUUAGUAAGUAUACUGCGUUAAAACAUACUGUUUGUGUUAUUAUAGUGUAUGAUACCAAUUAAGUAUGCAAUAUAUUUAUGCACUAAUAAUGCAAUAUGGAUAAUCUUCUAUUAUAAAAAUAAUGUUAAAAAAACCCAGGCGUUACCAUUGGGUGUACCUAAAGCGGAGAUAAAUCAAUUAGCAGGUACUUACUCGUUUGAUUGGCGCAAAGAUUUUCUAACAUACCUGGGGAUAAAACUUACUAAAACGAGCUCUCUCUUAAUUAAGCACAAUCAAAUUCCUGUAUUACAUAAGUUAAAAGAUCAGCUAAAAAACUGGGGGGCUUUGGGGACAUCUUGGUUAGGACGUGUACAUAUAAUUAAAAUGAUGGCCUUACCCUAUAUAUUGUAUCUUUUUCAAACUAUUCCUAUAGCUGUGCCAAAAAAUGUAUUAAAAAAAUUUCAACAUAUGUUUAACAUAUAUAUAUAUAUAUAUAUAUAUAUAUAUAUAUAUAUAUAUAUAUAUAUAAAAACGCCAAGGGUGGCAGCUAGGCUUACAGAGCUUCCAUAUCUACAAGGCGGAUUGGGCAUUCCUAAUAUUAUUAAAUAUUAUCAGGCAUCUGGCAUCUAUGUUGUGCUGUGCUUUGGCAGUACUUUUCCGUUUAUGGUUAAAACUGGAACAAGCUUGCGCUAAACCCUAUUUAAUAGAAAAACUUUUAUGGAAGACCUUAAUGAAUGGGCAAAAACAUGCUUUCUACGACAAAAUUAAUGCUCUAUCAUUGGUCCAAAUGGACUCCUAAAUUGCUAAAAGGUGUAAAGCUAUUAGUCUUAGCACCAUUAUAUGUAAUAAAGUACUUUAUACAAGAUUUAAAUUUGAAUACUUGGGAAACUAAUGGCAUUAGUAAUGUGCAUAUGUUAUAUAAUGAGGUAGGGAUCAAAUCGUAUCCUAGUUUGCAGGCAGAGUUUGCCCUUCCGAAUAAACAGGUAUUUUCGUAUUUAAGGAUCAAGAAUUUUUUGUUAGAAAAUAAGCUGUCAAAAUUAGAUAUGGCCUUAGUGACUUGGUUGGGUAAAUUCUGUUUAAACCCUAAUAUGGAGAGUAAACCUCUUUCAAUAUGCUAUAAAAGCCUUUUAUAUGUAAAUGGGGAUGAAAAGUCGCCUUAUAUGAUGUUAUGGGAAUGAGACCUAUUAAAAACCUUUGAUCUAUUCCAUUGGUAUCAAACCAUACAAAUCACUAAACAAAUAUCUCACAGCCUUACAUAUUGGGAAGCUUAUAGCAAAAUAUUAAUGCAUUGGUCUUUAGUUCCAGCAAAAUUGUCUCGAAUGUAUGAAGCUACCUCUGACAGGUGCUGGAGGUGUCAAAGGGAGAAGGGAACUUUAUUACAUAUUUUCUGGGAUUGCUCUCGUCUUACACAGUUUUGGAAUGAUAUUAAAUUAUUAAUUCAAAUUUUAAUGGAUACAGUGAUACCGAAUUUCCCUCCUGAGUUCUAUCUUUUACAUAUAUACCAAGAUUGGUGUCGAAUAAAAAAUAAAGUAGUUAUUAUUCAUAUAUUAAUCGCUGCAAAAAUAAGCAUUGCUCAAAAUUGGAAAAAAACAGUGAAUUAGGGAUUUAAAUAUCCCUCUCUAGGCUCUGAUUUGUCAGAUGGUGACCUCUGACCCCAGAACGUGCACGUGCGUUGACGUCGUGACGUCACGCGCACGUUUGUAUAAUUUUGGGGGGUGGAGCCAUGGAUGGACGCGACCUCAUGGCCGGCGCCAUCUUGGAUUUCACCAAGCGGCGUGGAGAAGCGGUUCCCGGCUUGCCGCUGAGCAGGUAAGCUCAGUGAGUUGGUGCAGUCGGGCACGGACGCACAUGGCGGCGAGCCAGGGGCCGUGACAGGAAUCUGUAUUGUGAAUUACUGCAAAAUGCCUGCAAUUACUUAUCGGAUGAUGACAUGUAUUGGCUGUUUAUCGGCUCCCGGCAAGACUUCUAAUCGAUACAAUUUACCGCUAUGAAAGGUUUAAUGGGAGACGAUAGGUAUCAGAAUGUUAUCAAUUUCCCAAAAUCAGUCAUGUUCACUGGAAUGAUCAGAUUCAGCCUUACAAUAACAUUUAUCAAGGAUAUAAUCCAUGAUAAAGGGUCUUGGAAACAAUAACAGCCUAUUCUGAUUCACUUGUAAUGGCAUGUCUACCCACAUUGUAUAUUUCAUUAGAGCACGAACCCACUGGCUUGGUGGAAACAUUACGUCCUCCCAUUUAUUGAUAUUAAAGCCCUUAGCCCCUACCUAUAAAUGGAGACUGGUGGGUGAAAAUACGUCCUUCCCCAUGUUGCUUAAUUACCUGCUGCUCAUGGGUGGAUCAGAGGUGGACAAUAUGUCCCCCAUUCUUUAUUAUAUCCUAUACCUACUAACACUAACUCCCUCCAUUAAUUUUAAUUAGAGCCCACUCUCGCUGGCCGUGGCAGGGGGAUACUAAGUCCCCCCUUUCUUUUUAAUUGAGCCCCACUUCACUCUCCAUGGGUGAGGGUACAUGGUAGACUAUGCUGCACCCUUUACCCACUUAUUUACUUAAGUUAGUAGCCCCUCCAGGGGAAAGGUGGACUGUAAUUAGUCCAACCCCCUCUUUUUAAAUUAAAUCCCCCACCCGAUACCCACGAAUGAAGGCACAAGGGGAGGACCUGUAUUAGGUUCCCCCUGUACAUUACUAUCAACUUGACAGCAAUAGCUGGGGUGUGGGGAGGUGUACAACCUCCCCUCUACUAUUGUGGGGGCAUAUUGAUCCCCACAAACUUUUAUUUCUUAAUUUUUUCAAUGACUCACAGGGUUAGUCAUUAAAAGUCUGAUAAAUGAGCUUUCAAGACACAUUUAAUCGAAGGUUUCGUUCACAAGCAGACAACCUGUUUAUCAGGUUCGGCUGCUAGAAUUUUGACCGACAUUAGAUCCAGUCAAAAUUAGUUAUAAACAUCAUCCGAAUGAAUUUAAUAAUUUGAGGCUGAGCUUUGCUGAAUAGUUUAUUAGCUGUAAAUUAAAAUACAAGAAGCAAAAUGUUGUCAAAAAUAGCCAAUGUUAGAAGACAAUAGCUGAAUUGGAGAUUUCUUUCCCAAACCACAAUCAUUGUCUACACGUUCUAAUUUUGAUAUCCGUUUGCUACAACUCAGUGCUUAGUAAAUAAUACUGGAAAAUAUCACGUUAUUUCAAAUAUCUUACAGACUCUGACUUUUCUUUAUAGAAUCAUCUACAGCACCUUUUACUACUCCAUGGAAACCUUCCAGCCAUUCUUUGGGUAUUAUUUUUUUAAUGUGCUCCUGAUGGUUCUUCAAGUCCUCCACUUCUUCUGGGCCUACUUGAUCAUACGUAUGGUAUAUCGUUUCACGUUUGUUGGCACGGUAAGGACUUAACUUCAUUUUUUUAAUAUCUAGCCCUAUUAGUCUGAUAGCAGUCAGUAUUUAGUCAAAAUAAACAUUGAGCUGAGUGACUUGUAAACGUUCGUGGACAGGAGGGAAAAGAGGAAGCAAUUGGAUAAUGUUAAUAAGACUACAUAUUUUGGACUCUGUCUCGUUAUCGUUAUUGCAGAUUCUCUUCUUGGGUAUUUUUUGGUGUAUAAGGGGUACAACUUGUAUCUUGAUUUGAAGAGAAGUGUCACUAAAAGGACCAGUGUACUCACCCAGAAAUCUAAAUGGAGUGGUCUGAGUGCCGUGGCUCUGUCGUUUUGGCUCUGCAAUGUAAAACAUUGGCAUUAAGACAAAGUUUAUAUUGCAGGGCUAAACACACCUUUAGUGGCUGUCUUCCACUCUUUAGAUGGUACUUCUGCACUCAGAAUCGAGUCAGGCUCUGUUCUUUGUGAGGAUGUCGAAGUCCUCUGAUGCUUCCCAUAGAGAAGUUUUGGAUAUGGUGCUUCUCAUUUGAUAGGAGGAGUGUGGCACUUACUGCUCGUAUGCUUCUUGUCCCAAUGCUUCUCUAUGAGAAGCAUUGCAUUGGACAAGAAGACAAAGAAGAGUCAGCCUGGAGGAAGGUAGGCAGACAAUGUAAUAGAGCAGCAGGAAAUGCUAGCAGGAUGCUUGGUUGUAUAGGGAGAGGUAUUAGCAGUAGAAAGAGGGAAGUGCUCAUGCCAUUGUACAGAACACUGGUGAGACCUCACUUGGAGUAUUGUACACAGUACUGGAGACCGUAUCUUCAGAAGGAUAUUGAUACCUUAGAGAGGGUUCAGAGAAGGGCUACUAAACUGGUUCAUGGAUUGCGGGAUAAAACUUACCAGGAAAGGUUAAAGGAUCUUAACAUGUAUAGCGUGGAGGAAAGACGAGACGGGGGGAUAUGAUAGAAACAUUUAAACACAUAAAGGGAAUCAACACAAUAAAGGAGGAGACUAUAUUUAAAAGAAGAAAAACUACCACAACAAGAGGACAUAGUCUUAAAUUAGAGGGACAAAGGUUUAAAAAUAAUAUCAGGAAGUAUUACUUUACUGAGAGGAUAGUGGAUGCAUGGAAUAGCCUUCCAGCUGAAGUGGUAGAGGUUAACACAGUGAGGGAGUUUAAGCAUGCGUGGGAUAGGAAUAAGGCUAUCCUAACCAUAAGAUAAGGCUGGGGACUAAUGAAAGUAUUUAGAAAAUUGGGCAGACUAGAUAGGCCGAAUGGUUCUUAUCUCCCGUCACAUUCUAUGUGUCUAUGUUUCUAAGAAGAGGUGGGAGGCGGAGCAGGCAGCUGCACGGAUUCAGUCUAAACACUGGAAACAAGAUAAGUAAAGCCUUAUUAAUCUUAAAUCUUAAAAGGAGGAAUUGAGGUUCCACAUGCAUGGGAAUAGAGUAUAGUGUAACAGUUCCAAUGCUGUAACUGUCAGCAGGACGGUAAAACAAUGGCAUAACAGGAGUGACAACAAGGCACUGCUUAGUAUAUCAUUCAUCUUAAAUAAAGAUUUCCAAAAAUAUGUUAUUUCAUGUGCAGGUAGAGAAUGAUGUUCGAAGUGACAUUGAGGAAAGUGAGGACAGUGGACAAGAAAAUGGCAAGCGUUCUGGAAGAGAGAAUGAAACAGACAAGUGGAGAAGCAACAACAACCGUGUUCUACAGAAGUUCACUGAAAAUGGAAUAGCCCAAGUCCAUAAUGGACACUUAAAGGCCAGUUAA